GUUUACAUUCAACUGCCGCUCUCCGCACAUCAAGAAAGAAGCUCGAGAUCGGAUGAGAUCCGUCGAAAUGCCUCAAAAUUACCGUAGAUGAUGAAUUAACCAGGUUAAUCCAACAUGGCGGGCUUUAAGAAGCUCUUCAAGAGGAAAAGUCCCGGUGCGAAGAAUGCCUUGUCCACGGAAGAUCUCAGCGAUGCCGGCAGCACGGCUGGAUAUUCGAUCGCCAAGGAUAAAGAUUUGCCGAAGCUUCAUAAAGCUGUGUGGACCGGCGAUUUAACGAAAGUCAAGCAACUUGCUAAGAAGGGAGACGUAAAUCAACUCGACAGAGAAAACAGGUAGGAUGGAGUGACAAAAUUAGUCUGAUAAUCAGCAAUUAAAAGUGCUGCUGUUUUGCUCGCAGGACUUCUCGUGAUCGGCUGCUAUCCGUUUCUUUGGCAACUCACACGGCGUCCUCAGUUUCUCGACCCAUUCUAUCAGUAAAUCCAUGUUUUUCUUGACUCUUAGUUAACUUAGUCAACGUCUUCAAUAGUUUUUACAGUGAUGAAAUAUCGUCAUUUAAGUAUGCAGCUAAUUUAUGAUUAUACGUACAGGCUGCAUUUUUUCACCUUUCCGUUCGUAUGCAAAUACAAUUUGUAUUUACAAAGUGUGAGCAGCGAAGCUUAAUGACUGAUUAAUCUUUCACUUCAUUUGUCUUAUAAUAAAUUAGACAAUGAAGAUUUUUAUUCGAGGCAGUUACCUCGUAACAUGAAAACCAUUAUCCCAUGUUGGAAUGAAACGGCCUAAAAUGGACUUAGUAUUUCAUACCCAUAUCGAUAUAAACUUCGAUUCGUGACUCGUUCUUCCAGAUGUUUGACAUAGGAUUAGUAAAAACGUUUUAUAACAUACACUGAGAGAUUGUGAUCUUAAUGAAAAUGAUGAUAAUAAAAAUAAUAAUAAAUACAGAUAAUUCAGUUUUCCUGAGAGUUGCCCUUGAACGUGAUGUUUUUAUUUGACAUGACAAAUAUUUUCAAUAUGUGAUUUAUUGUGGUCAGUUACUGUGCACCGUACAUGUUCAGUGCAAUACUAUAUUUCCCACCAAUUAGAUUUUCUCCGCGGAAAGCAAAGUGCUUUUUAAUGAUCAUCAUUUCUUGCAAAAGGAUUAACUGGGAAGGAUACUAAGAACUAUGUGAAUGCAUUUCUUGUUUUCUGAAGGGCAUACUCUUAAAUCUUAUAUGCUCAAUUUUGAAACUAAGGCAAAUUAUCUCAUAAUUUUUAAACUCAGAACGGCACUUCAUCUUGCCUGUGCCCUGGGAAGAGAUGAUAUUGUCAAGUUUCUCUUGGCAAACAAUGCAAAAACAAAUCUUUGUGACAACUAUGGUCGAACACCGCUUAUGAAGGUAAAUUACCAUUUAUAUUGGUAAGUGAUUAUAACUCUAGGUAUGUUGUUUUAUUUGUCACUAAUAUGAGUUUUAUUGUAAAUGUUAUAUAGAAGAAAAAUUUAAAAAGCUAUUGUACUAUUUAAAUUCCUUUUUCGUUUUGCCAUCUCCCGUUAACAUUAAUACUUACCAUUUUGUUCAACAUUACCCUCUCAUGUACAGGUUGUUGAAUGUCAGUUUCAAGAAUGUGCCAAAAUUUUAUUAGACAAUGGAGCUGAGGCAAAUGUUGUUGAUGUCAAUAACAGCACAUCACUGCAUCUUGCAGCAGCUAAUGGUGAUGUUGAUACGGCUGUGUUGCUGUUAGAGAGGGAGGCCCAUGUUGAUGCUCAAGACAGGGUAACUAUCAGCUUUUACUUUACACAUCCAGCUUAUGAACAUUAUUAAAAAUUAUGCACUAAGAUACAUGCUGUGAUUAUAAAUACAGCCUAGAUGCAACAUACUUAAUAUUAUACUUGCUUUGAAACCAUCCUUAAAUUUAUGCAAUAACUUUUUUUUAUUAUGUUUUAACCCCCUGCAGGAAGGUUUUACUCCUCUGCAUGUAGCGUCAUCUCUUGGAAACUUGGACUUUGUAAAUUUCCUGAUUAACGAAAGUGCAGAUAUCAAUGCUGUUGAUGCUCAUGGGAGGUAAUUUAUAAUGCUGCCCUACUUGCAGGGUUCUCACUGUGUUUUAAAGUAGACAGUUAGGAUGUAGAUUUAGGCUGCUUGAUAAAAUUGAGUGCUAAAGGCAAUUUUAGGCUUUCAAAUUUAUCACCAUAGAGGGUUGUCAAAAAGAUUUCAAGUAGCAGGAGAAUAAGGAAAAGAAGCUGGCAAGAGAGCCGGAGGCCCCCCACCAGGCGAGGGGUCUGAGGGUCGCACACCACUUGGGAUAAUAACCCCAGUGAUAUGUGUUUCCCUGGUAGAGGAACACAUAUCACUAUUGAUAUGUGUUUCCUGGGUAGGGGAACACAUACAGUGUAUCACUAGGGAUAUUUGUUUUGGGGUAGGGAAACACAUAUCACUAUUGAUAUGUGUUUCCUGGGUAUGGGAAUACAUAUCACUAGGGAUAUGUGUUCCUAGGUAGAGGAAACCCAUUUGUCUUGGGAUAUGUAAUUUUGGGGUACUGGAAUACAUACCAUUAGAAAUAUGUGCUCCUGGGUUGGAGGAACACAUAUCACUGGGGAUAUGUGUUCCCCCACCCAUGAAACACAUAUCACUAGUGAUAUGUGUUCCCCUACCUGGGAAACAUAUAUCCCUAGUGAUAUGUUUUCCUCUACCCAGGAACACAUAUCCCUAGUGAUAUGUCUUCCCCUACCCGGGCAACAUAUAUCCCCAGUGAUAUUAUUUUGUUCCCUUAUCCAGGAAACAUAUAUCCGUAGUGAUAUGUGUUCCCCUAUCCAGUGAAACACAUAUCCCUAGUGGUAUGUGUUCCCCUACCCCGAAACGUAUAUCCCUAGUGAUACACUGUAUGUGUUCCCCUACCCAGGAAACAUAUAUCCCUAGUGAUAUGCGUUCCCCUACCCCGGAAACAUUCAUCCCUAGCACAGUGUACUUGUUUGUAACAAAAUAAUUAUGUCAUUGCAGACAAAGCAUCUUCAUAUGAUCCUAGCUAUGCAAUGUUUCUUUUGAAAUAAUUUCAAAUAUUCAUGAAAGAGAACAAAAUGUUAGAAUGAACUUCAGAAGGCAUGUUGCAUAUAUUUGGUUAAAACCAUUCAGAAUUUGUACUCAAAAACCUUUACAGUUCAUAAAUGAUUGCUGGUGAUGAUGUGUCAAAUGUUGGAAAAAUGUCAGCUUACAGUCUAAAUCCACCAUUGCAUUAUAGUCGCUAGCCCUAACCUCAUUUGUAGGGUCCGGGAGAGGACCUUGCUGUCGCUAACCCUUCAACAGAAAAUCCCAGAUAGUUGGCCAGGCUCAGUCUGUUUGAAGUUUGGCUAAUCAUAACAGGAAGGUAACAGGAAGUGUACAUGUAAUCAAUUAUAGUCAGUUUUUAACCAUGAUAAAUUUAUUGCCUUGCAGGUCAUCAUUAAUGACUGCUGCAAGUGAAGGACACAUAGGAAUUGUUAGGCUGUUCCUUCAGCACAAAGCAAAUACUGAAUUGAAAGAUUCUCAGGGUUGGAAAGCUUCAGAUCAUGCCGUCAUUCAUGGACAUCACAGGUUUGACCUACAAGCAUUUAUCCCCAUACAUUAGGGUAGUCACAAAGAUUUCAAGUGGCCUGGAAUAAUUAUGUAAUAAGUAGCUAGGGAAUUGAGCAGCUGGAAAGUUCUUUUGCUUUCAUUUUUCUUUUUAAGGGUGGUGAAUUCUUGGAAGCAUUUAUGAUGGGUCUCAAGGUCUCAUUGGCAAAACAACAACUUUGCACGUGCAUUGGGUUUUUUGUACAUGAAAUGUACAAAAAAGCGUGAUUUUCUUCGCCAUCACUGCACAACUACAAUGUGAAAGUGCCUAAUUUCACGUUUUGUCAAGGACUUUCUUUUUCUUUUCCUGAACUUUGAUACACUGUUAUCGGGCUUUAGAGCAUCCAGUCGGAUUACAGUAUGAUCGCGUUUGUCAAGCCUUAAUUCUGACAAUAAUUUAGGACUGAAUUUAGGCUCAAAUAUCCCCAUAAACAUCUAGCGCUUGUUCGUAAAAUAUUGUUUUGCCACUCGAAAAUAAAAUUUAUAUCUUUGCGCCACUGUGUAAUAUCCUCUAUGUAUAUUAUUUAUUGAUUUAAAGUACAAAAUAUUGCAGUGUCUCAAACGUUAUUGAGGAGUAUGAAGAACAGCUAGAACAAGCAAAGAUUGAAGCCAGAUCCAUCAAAUCAAACCAGUCAACACCAAGCAAGAGAAGAGAGUUUUCAGCUGGAAUAACUGCAUCUGGUGCAGCAACCAAUGAAGUGGGUUUUUCAUUUGGAGGCCCUGUUGCUGAUGAGGGAGGUGUGUAUUUUUGUGCUCAACAUGUCAGUUUAAUGUUUUUGAUUUUGAUAUCUUCUCACACAGUUACAGUAAAAUGUAUCUGUGUGGGGCCCUUGUAAUUGGGUUAUGUUCAGUGUGUAUCCCCCAGGUUGUAUUUCAAAAAAGAAGUAGGGAAUGAAACCCUUUUAGUUCCCGUAAAUGGUAAUCAAAAUAGAAAGAAUUCACAAAAAUUCAAACUUGUCUUUACACUGUAAGUACAAGAAUAAUAUGAAAAAGUUUUGCCACAGAUUUUAGCAUUAGAGUGACAUUCAUAGGUAGUUUCUUGGUUUUAUGGAUGGGUGCACCACCCCAAAAAAUUAUGUAAAACAAAAUAUUGAAAAGACACCGAACUAUACUCGCAAAAAAAAGGGAACCGAGAAUGGUUCUGCAACACCAGGACCAAGAAACACCCAAUUCAUAGCAUUCAAGUGAAACCUCUUUUGGCUGCAGCAUUAUAUUUAUUUUAAUAUUGUUUACUUGUUCAAUUGUAUAUCUAUUAAUCUUUUGGCAGGAUACAACAGUGCAUCAGCUAAAGAAGAUGAUUCAGUCAGUCAGUAAGUUGAAUUGUGCAAACAAACUUAAUGUAACAUGAUUUUCUUUCAUUGCAGGGUUACAGUGUAGCCUGCUGAGCAAACUUUCAAAGUUGCAAAUCAGUCUUAUCAGUUUGAGCAUUCUCUGCCUUUUCUGCAGUAGAGAAAUCCCACAAUUUGCUACAAUCAUAAUAGAUCUUUUUUGCUGCAUGAUGUGAAAUGUGACCUCGUGAAAUUCUUCAUAUCUUAGAACUUAGCAUUUUUUACACUGUAUCACUAGGCCGGAAAAAUGAAUGUUCCUACUUACAAGAACAUGCAGCUGUAAAAAUCCAGUGUCUUGUUACCUUAUAAAAAAAGUAAUACUAACAUUUGAAUAACUGGUCAUUCUUUAAUUGAGCUGUAUAAAAAUAUGCAAUGCUAAUUCAUGUUAUUCUGAGCUCAUGAUUAAUUUAUUAAGUGUGUAAAAGGCAGGUGGAUUUGUCGUUUAGCAUAGUUUACAGGUAGACACCGUUGAACAACACAGCUACAUGUGGUACACUAAGUAUAACAUUUGCAUAAUCUGUUUAUGGUGGAGUGUGGACUAGUGAGUUAGUGCAUUUUUACAAUAUUUCUUCUAAUAUUUUAGAUUAAUUGACUUUUUUCUUUAAUGUGACUUGUUAAGUUUAGUGCACAUGUACAUGUAUUUGUUGUAAAUCAACUUGCUUGUGUCAGUUAACAUUACUGCGAUGCAUGUUUACAAUUGUUGCUGACUUCAUUUUGUGAGGCUGAUCAAGGCUUAACAUUUUUUUCAGUGAAACAUGGAUAUAUUAACAUGUAUCAGUGUUUUCAAAAUCUGGAUUGAAUACCUAUUUUUGUGUAGUUAUAUUAUGUUACUUAAUACAGAAUAGACAAUAUUAUGUAUGGUUGUAACACUAAAGAUAAAGAUCACUAAUCGAUAGAUUUAUAGUUAAAGCAAUCAUAAAUUCAACUAAUUUUACUUAAAACAUUCAAUUAGCCUUUAGGAGCUGUUUUAAAAUUAAUUUAAGUAAUGAUGAUGAUAGUAAUAAACUUGUUUUUCCUGUUAUUUUAGUCAUUCAGCAGGAGGUGGCUCAUGGGAUUCUUCUGGCGAUGAAGAUAACAACAUGUUUGGAUCAAAUUCAAAGGUUUGUAAACCCUAUGAGUUGUGAUAUCACUAGGUUCAAUUUUAUCCUUGAUGUAAAUUUUAUUUUCUUUUGUUUUAAGCUCGUUAUCAUACAUUAAUUACCACACCCAAAUUCAAAAGAAAAUAGAAUUUAAACCAAGGAUAAAAUUGAACUACAAAAUAUAUUUAUCAUGCUACAUGUACAAUGUAUGUUAACGUAUAUUGUUAUUUCUAUGUAAUCCUCCGCUUUUACAAGUUUAUAUGUUUAUUUGGCAAGGUUUUUUUCCUUGGUGAGGUUUGGGGAUACUUAUAUCAAAGGGGGUGCUUAUUGAUAUUUUUAGACUGACCACUCCAGAGGGCACUUAUUUGAAAGGGGGCACUGGUGAGCAUUUAUGGUACAAUGUAGGUGUUCAGUCUGUUCUCAUGGGGUUUAACCUGAGAACAAUAAUUUUUCCUACUCAACACAAUGAUCAAUGUAUGACCUUAAAGGGUAUAAAACACCAAUAUUUUUAAAACUGAUUUUGGUCCUUAGAUGUCAUUAUUAAUUCUGAAAUUUUAAUUUAGUGUGUCUCUCAAAACAUUUAGUGAAUUGUGGUAGUCCAAAAACUGCUUUUUCCCCUUCAGAAAUGUCCCAGAGACUGCACAAGUAAAGGAUCAAACAUAGGCUCCUGAUGACAUCCUGUAAUGUCAGUUGAUUUGCUAAACCUUCGCUUCUGAUUGUGGUCAUUGCUUUGUGUGUUGAUGAAUUAAAUGAUGUAACGAAGGCAUAGCAAAGUAAAAAAAGGAAGAUUCUGAAGAUUAUUAAUAUUUUAUGAAAUGUUCUCUUCUUUUUUUUUUGUUUUAAAUCUUUAGACAGCAUCAGCUAAGCCAAGUUUGUUAGCAGCGCUUAAUAAGUCUUCCAAACAAGUCAGCCGAACUGGCUCAGACGUCUCCACUCAGAGUUCAAAAUGUGAGUUAUGUUCUGUCAUGAAUACUCUAUUCUAGGGAUACAUGGAAACAUUAUUAACAGUAAGGAAAUCGGUUGGAAAUGGUGAAAACAUACAUCUGCUAUUUUUUUUAUACCACUUCAGCUAGGUCUACGUCUUUAAGUUUUGUGAAGUCCUUGAUUAGAUAUACACCUAACUAUUAUUUUAUUCAACUUUAUCAAUCUGUGUGAUCUUAUAUUUAUAUUUUAUUCUUGCCUUAUUUUUAGGGAUUUUUUAGGUUUAGUUUUUUUUUUCAUAUAAUGCUUUGAUAAAAAUGAUGAUUCAACAUUCCAGUCUACCACAUCUCAUAUAAUGAUAUUGUUUCUAUCUUUAUCCUGUCUUUUCUAGCUUUAAGUCGAAUCCCUGUUAAGACUACUGUAGCUAAGCCGGAAACCAUUCAAGGUAAGUUCUUAUGUUUUUUGUUCUGUUUAAAAAAUGAGCAGGAGUGUACAUUAAACCUGAUAAUACGUGACUGUGAGUUUUUUGAAUGGCUUCAAACUCUCUGAUAUAGAUCAACUCAUUCUUGCACUAAUAUUUUGAUUUGGGGUUAUUUUGGUCUAAAGAAUUGCAUGUAAAGUUUAGCUGUGUCUUUAUCAGAUAUACUUUAGACACUCAUUAAACAUUUUAAAUUUCUUUUGUUUUUUCUUUAUGAAUUAUAUCUUAUCGUAAAAAGCUUAUAGAAACUGUGGGGCUGCAUUUGGUGUUUUCAUAUUACAUGUAAAGUAAAAAAUGUUUGUUCAAUGGUGUUGGUGUACCACGGGGAAUUCCUUUUUUACAGUUUGUGUCCAUUAUCCCCCAGAACGUAAGCCCUCCAUUCCUGAUGCCAGCAACCAAUCACGAAUUCCCGUUCGCUCAGCUGAUACCCAGUCCCCCUCACCAGCCAAGAAGGCCAUAACAGGUGGGGUGAGUCCAAAGAACAGUCCUACCAACUCUCAGCACAGUACACCCACUAAGAGGAAACUACCUACUCCAGGGGGAGUGGGGCAAGUUGUCAAGGAACCCACACAAAGUAUGGUAGUGGAGAGCAAACCUCAGUCAAGGCCUUGGGAGUUACCUGUGGAUCAAGAUUCAGACGUUUGUGGUUUUAUUUUAAUUUAAACAAUUCCCUGAUACUAAACUCGUUGUUCUUGCUUGCUCCCAUAACAUUCAUAAAAACGUUGUUGGGCACAGAGUACUUACGGCGGCGGCCUCCCUUUCAGUGGGGGAGUACUCUCCCGUGGAAAAUUGGUAUUCAGAGGCUGGGGCCCGUUUCUCGAAAGUCCUGAGAAUUAACGGGCCAAUAAAGCUGUUGUUGUUUACAUGAAAGAUAGAAGUUUCAAUAGUUUUGCAUCUUACAUAAUAAAACUAUCAGUUAAUGAAACAAAAUGGAGUAGUUUGUUAGCCAGGACCUGCGUUCUUAUUCUUCAUAAUUCGAUUUGAAUAUUUGAUUUCGGCCCGAAAAGCUACCGGGACUUUCGAGAAACGGGUCCCUGGCCCCUAAAAAAUGCAUUUUCGUGCAUUUUGAGUGAUGAGAGAUGGAAUUUUAUGUGUGAGGACGUUUCCUUUGUUUUUUUUGUUCUCUGUUAGUUUUCUUUUUUUAACAAAGGCGUUGAGAAAGAUAUGGUUAAGGUUAUUAUCCCUAAUAAACAUUUUUUUCUUUUUCUGGCAACUAAACUGUAAUUUUUGUUGGUGGCCAGCGCUUUUGUAGAUCCUUGUCAGCACUGCAAUAAUUUACUGUAUAAUAAUUGCAAUUUGAUUUCAAUAAUGACGCUUUAGGAUGUGAGCCACUUAAAGUUAGAGCCACAUUGUAUUGCCCCUUUUGAAAAAGCUUCAUUCUGGAGGGUGGAAAGGAAUAAGUAAGAAAGGAAGCAAAUGCAAUUUCAUUGUUUGAUAUUUGCAGGGUGCUAUAUCUGAUACAGAUGUGCUUGCUGCUCUCAGUGGAGGCAACACCAAGGUUGGUUGUAUAAAGUUGUAAAUUAGUAACAACACGUAGCCUGUUCCAGGCGUUGUGAAAGUAGAGUGAGGCGUGAAGGAAGAGAGCGGGAAAAAAAUAAGGAGGAAAGGAGGGAGAGGGAGCGAAGAAGGACCCUCCCCCCCUACUAACACUACCCCACUCCCUCGAGUUUUUUUUUUUUCUGCUCACAUCUCUUUGUGCAACCGCCACGAUCUGAACGCCUGGAACAGGCUAAACAACACGUAGAGUAAGAAGUUCAAUGUCAGGCCCACAUUUAAAGCAAGAAUGCUAGCGUACAAGCAAGCUCUUCAUGUGGAGAUAUCGUGAGAAGCCACGGGCGAGUGGCACGCGUUCCUUAUCGGGUAGUUUCGCUCUUUGCGGACAAUGAUUAACUAAUUGCGGAGCUUUUAUUUGUUAGAGGAGACACUCUGUAAAACCGACUUGCCUAAAUAUAUCACUUUUAUGACCAAGGCUGCCGUUUUUAGGUGUUUGAGUGUAUGGGAUCAAAACAGCAAGUAGGGAAAAUAGAACUGAAAAUUCUCCAAACUGAUCUCCAUACAUUUACAUAAAGAAUUAGAUGAGAGAAUUUGUUAAAUGAUCAAAGUAUUCACCUUAAGUGAUAAUGUUAUAGAUUCUCCAAACCUUUUCUCUUGUUUAUAUAUUGAUAGUGUUCAGAGAAAAUUAAUGUUGGUCAGUCAAGCACUCCUAACGCGUCUCGCUUUAAGAUGGUUUGCACAUAAAAAUAGUGUAGCGCACUUCCGCUCAUCAAAUAAAUUAUCUAUUUUGGGCGAUUCUUCUAACUUGAUUUAAAGACUUUUUUUCUGUCUAUGAUUAAAAGAAUUUUUGGUGUGGUACUUUUUCUUUGGUGAAAGUUCCACCAGGUAACGUAAGGUGUUUGUCACCUUUCGCUUCCCUUGAAAUUUUUUAACCCGUCACUAAAUGCUACGACGGCUUGUUUUAGUCGCUUUUGACGUAAAUGUUAAUAAUAAUUUAGCUUAACAAUUUUUUUUUUACUUUCAGCUGCCAAAAUUUACCACAGGCUCGAAGGAACCAAAACAGGGUAAGGAAAUUUCGUUUUUGCAGUAACUGAAUGAGCUGGCUAUUAAAAACGCGGUGUGUGGGAAGGAGCGAUUUCUUAGAGAAAGAACCUAUCAGUGCAUACACUUGUAGUUGAAAAACUACCUCGUUCGCAGUCCCCCGGAGCGAAAGAGGACGGACGACUUAGGAUGAGAGGGAGAGAACACCCUGGGAACGGGGUUGAGUUAACAAUGCAAGACGUUAAUAGGCCAUUUCCGAGUUGCGCCAAGCCUCUGUUUCAAGGCAAGGCAAAGUGUGAAACCAUUGAUAUGAAAAUGUUUUUUUUAUUCUCAUGUGAAAUGAGAAUGAAGCUCAUUUUCACAAGAAAGGUUUUGCACGUAACGUCCCUUUGAAAGUGAGAGUUUUGGGAUCUCGGAAUUGGCCUCCAGAGAAAUAAAGAGAUUUAUCCAUGACUUUGACCAACUCGACUUGCUUGGCAAAUUGCCGUAUUCAAUUGAUUUGUUGAUUGACUUAUUGAAGGACGAACUUACAGAUUGUCAUUUCUUGUCAACAACAGAGAAUCUCGACUUUAGCUUAUCAAGUGGCGGGGAGGGGAAUGAUGACGAGGACUUGUCCUUUAGUGAUGCUCCGCUUGAUGAUGAGGACGAUGAACCGCUGACCAGACCAAGCUCAGGGUUUACUCCUUCACCACAACCACUGACCUCCACUCAAAAACAACAGGCACAAGGCGAGGAUAGGAAACCGGCCGAAAAGAAAGAAACAGGUUGGUGAAAUGGCUUUUCUUUGGGGCAGACGGGGGCGGGGGGGGGGUUAGAGGGCAGCAGCGGAUAAAGAAUUUUUUGUCCAUCUAUAUCGUAGGAAAAGGGGUGCUGUAAACUACCGGCUAUAAGCCCUGGGCUUAUAUAUCUUCGUAAGGGGUGUUAGGAGAGCCUAUAAACGGAGGGGCUUAUAACCGGGGGUGCCUAUAAUUCCCCCCCCCCCCCCAAAAAAAAAAAAAACGGUUGGGAAAAAAGCAACACCCGGCCGGACAAACAACCCUGGUGCUUUCCCCCGGGGCGAACCAGGGGAGGGGGCCCGGGGGGGGGGGGGCCCCCUAUUUUUAAACCCAAAAGAGACACCAACAGGCAGGAAUUUGUUAUGGGGUUUAUUUUUUUAUUGCACCGGGCACCCACCGGACCCCACCCAUUUCCCCCCACGGCCCCCUUCCGGUCGUCCCGGGGGUUUUUUUUUUUCGGGAGGGGGGUUAGGGGAGGCACAAAAAGGGGGGGGUUAUAACCGGGGGGGGCCAUAAUUCCCCCCCCCCCCCAAAAAAAAAAAAAAGUGUUUGGAAACAAGCUACGACAGUGCUGAUCAACAUACGUUGUGCAUUCACCAGUGGCGUAACCAGGGAAGGGGCCCGGGGGCGGAGGGUCCCCCUUAUUUUAAGACCAAACUGAGGCCCGAAGAGCCGAAUUUUGUUUUGAGAAGGUUAAACAGAAUAAACCCAACGUGUUUUAAUAUAAUCGUCUUUAUGGCUUGUUUUUUAGUUCCCCCUAAGCUAGAUAUCGAUCUCGGCAGCUCUGUGAGUUCUGUUUCCGACCCUGACAUCAGCGGAAUGUCAGAUAAAGAGCCUGCGAAGAAAGAUGAUCAGCGGAAAGACGCUCAUGCGGCAGAACCUGCUAAGCCUGGUGACGAAAGCCAGAGUGAAGGUAAGGUGUCUUCUUACGUCAGCCUAUUCCCCGGUCGUCCUUUGCGAGCUCGGUUGUUACUUCACCCACGCUCGGCUCUAAACUCCUUCAUUUACUCACAUAGAACUCCUUCGCCAAUCGCCCCGAACUUAAAACAAUACUGAACCCCACCUUGGGGAAAAAGUUGUACCACUUAAUCGGAGACUACCUUCGAGCAGUAGCUGGCUUUUUUAACUUAUUCAACGAUAAAUUCAAAAAGUGUAGUUAAAAAGACCUACCCACAUCUACCCAAAAACCUGAAGCUGGUCCGUCCACCAGAACAAUGGAGAAAAGAAAAGGUGGAUGAAAUUAGCUUUUUAUUUCUGUAGUAUUCCCCCGUACUUGUGAAGUUAUUCAUUAAUUUAUACUUUGUCUUUCGCUCUCUUUGUAGAAGAGUCUGCUUGGGACAGCUCAGAUGCGGUAAGUUACCUUUUUUGAUUGAUUGGUGGUUUGAUUGUUUGACUGACUGACUGGCCGACGGGUUGAUUGAUUGAUUGAUUGAUUUAGUAGGUGAGCAAGUGAGUGAUCAACUGACUGAUCGACUAACUGAAUUUUGAAGCGAACUACUCAAUUCAACACCGUACCGUACGUUUUUGCAUUCUUGGGAAGUGGUUUUGCCCAAAUGUUUGGCCAAAUCGCCUUUAUGAGAGUAAAGACACUUAACAGUACAAAUUUUGUAGUGUCAAGGCAAGUUAAAAGGAAAAAGGAUACACUUCCGGUUGCGCAUUACCAUAAGGAUAGAGCGUAAGCGAAGACGUUUUUGAGAGACGCAUAUCAACCGGAAGUGGACUUUUUGCAUUCUUGGGCAAUGGUUUUGCCCAAAUUUACGGACAAAUCGUCUGUAUGAAAAUAAAGACACUUAAUAAUACAAAUUUGGUUCUGUCAAGGCAUAUUAUACGCCACUUGCACAUCUCCGGUAAUGCAUUUUCAGUUUCUCUUGGGACGGCUGUAAUAGAGUACUAAAGUGUGACGACAUAAAAAUGAAAUUUCUGAAAUUAUGGGAUUUGUCAGGAUAUUCUGAAAGAACAAUGUCCAAGAGGCCUACUUGCCAAAAAUGAGCAUUUGCGGGCAAAUUGUCUCUGAGAUCGUAGCCCAGUUAUGCUUACAAAACUCCAUACAAACCCUUCUACAUUUUUUUGGGGUCGACCCAAAAAAAAAUUAGAAGGGUUUGUAUGGAGUUUUCUGAGUAUAACUGGGCUACGAUCUCAGAGACAAUUUGCUGCGAAAUGCUCAUUUUUAGCAAGAAGGCCUUUUGGACAUUGUUCUUUCAGAAUAUCCUGACAAAUCCCAUAAUUUCAGAAAUUUCAUUUUUAUGACGUCAUCACUUUAGUACUCUAUACCCUGGAGAAAUGAAAAACAAAGGUUAUGCAAUUUUUUUUUUUUUUUGGGGGGGGGGUGGGGAGGAUUAAUAGGGAUUUGGUGGUAGGUUGGCUGGGUAGAUUUAGAGUGGGGGGGCAAAUUGGUGGUUUGGGUGGUAUUUAUGAGGUAGUGGUUGUGUGUGUGGUCGCAGGAUGUUUUUCUUUUUUCUUUUAAAGGGUGGUGAGACGAUCGUUGUUCUAUUGUUUUCCACAUAUUUACAACUCAAUAAAAUGUAUUUAUUUGAUUUUUUUUUAUUUGUUUACUAUGUUUUUUUUUUGUAUAUAGAGUUGGAGAAAAAAUAUGAGUAUUUGUUUUUUUUUUUUGUUUUUUGUUUGGGGGGGGUAGGGUGGGGCAAAUAACGUGCAUUAUGAGAGAUGUGCAAGUGGCGUAUAGGAAACAGGCCUCACUUCCUCCCUCAAUAACGCCCUUGCAUAAGCUUAAUCUUCGCGUUUUCUCUUAUCCAGGAUAUUCUUCCAUCUGAUGGCCCCGAUUCUACCCGCGGUAGUAGCUUGUUUGGCACCUUAAGCCCGCUGCCUAAAAAUUCAGCAGGGAACGCUAAGGCUACGAAACCGUCUGCAGCCUCGCCGAGAAAGACGAACGCUAACGAGAGCGAUUCCGAAGCCACUGAAUCAGAGAGUGAGUGGGAGAAAGAAAGGGCGUUCAAAAAGGCGCAAAAAGAAGAAGAACAAGAAAAGGUAUUUUUUUAAACAAUCUUUUCGUUUCUUUAGCAUGGUUGGGUAAAAGUAGCCUGCGUAGCAAGCGUUACCAAUUGAGUUUUUAGGCGAAAGUUUGAUUUGCUUUCGUUCUAACUUUCUCGACGAAGGCGCUGGGAAAUGCUGGCUACGUAGGCUAAGAUAAUAGGUACGAAAUUAUCCAUCUCUAAAUCAUUAUUUGUUGUUUUGAAAACAAGGAAAAAGAAAGGCAGAGAGUAUUACAAUGGGAAAAGGAACAGAAAGAAAAAGAUGAUGCACUAGCGAGAGAACUGCAAGCAGAGAUGGAAUUAGAGAUGGAAAUGGAAAGGAAAGAGAGAGAGGAAGAGGAAAGAAGAAGAAAAGAAGAGGAAGAAGCUGAAAUGAAACGGAAACAAGAUGAGGAAAAUGAGCAAAGGAGAAGGGAAGAAGAGAGACGUGAAAAGGAACGACAAGAGGCGGAAAGGAAGAGACGAGAUGAGGAGGAGAGAAGAACACGUGAGAAGGAGAGGGAAGAGCGAGAGAAAGAGGAAGAGUUAGAACGUCAGUUGCGGAAGAAAGAAGAAGAGAAACUGUUCCUUGAACGCAAACAAGAAGAGGAGCGUCGAAAGAGAGAAGAAGAAUUACAGCAGCUUAAAGAGUUACAGGAGGAAGAGAUGCGAACUUUGGAGCGUGAGAAAGAGAGGGAGCUUGAACGGCAGAUGAGGAUGAAGGAAGAGGAAAUGGAGAGACAGAAGCGAGAGUAUGAAGAAAGAUUGGAGCGCGAACGAAUCGCCAUGGAGGAGCAGCGAGCCAGGGAAGAAGAAGAUCGCCUUCUGAAGCAGAGAACUGCUGAUGAAGAGGCCGAACAGCUACUUCAGGCGUAUCGGCAGAAACAGGAGGAGCUGUUAGAAAAGGAGCGACGCUUUGAAGAGGAAAUGGCCAAGCGCGAACGGGAACUCGAAGAGAAAGCAAGGCUGUCGGAGUUGGAGAGAAUUCCUGUUCAAGAGGUUGUGACAGUCGUGCAGAAAGACCAGUCAUAUUCCUCACAGCCUGCGGGAAAUGUGGAGUACUCCCAGGAACAGGUCAGUAACACGGAUACUUGCGUCUGAUUUUAUCAGCAUAAUAACGGGUGGAAUGCGAAUACCCCGCAGUUUCCACAGGAUUAUCAGUUUUUCAAACAGUCGAGUUUCACUCUCUAGAAACAAGCAGGUAUAUCCGGUAUUGCAAGUUGUUGAGAUUCUUGCUUCUUUAUGACGGACAUCACGCAUGGAAAUUAGAAAUAAUUGGGUCUAAUAUGAAGUAUCUGAGUUGCGAGUUUUCUCAGUUGCAUUUCUGGGCAUAAGUGUUAAAAAAGCUAUUUUGUUUGUUUGUUUUUCAAUGUCAAUCCUUCAAAGGCUUCUCUCCGGCCCUUUACUAAGCAAUAUUGGCCGGUAAAAAACUCAUAAAAGACCAGCUAACACCAUUUACGUAAAUGUCAGGCUGAACUUGAGGAAUGGAAGAAGAUGUAUGAGAUGAAUGUGGAGAAGGAAAAGGUGGCGUUAGAAGAAGCUGUAAGAAAGAGAAAAGAGGAAGAGCAAAAAGCUGAGGAGGCUGCCUCAAAACUGCGACAGAUUCAGAAAGAAGAAGAUCUGAUGAGAAUCGAGGGAGCACUGCGGCAUCGACGGCAUGGUGAGGAACUAAAGGAGGCGGAAAAGAAAUUACAGAGACUGGAGGCAGAGGAACAAGCUGUUACAAAUAAGAAAGGUGGGUUGGUUAAAGUUUGUGAUUGGCUGACUGAGUUGCUUAGUUCGCCGCUGAUUGGCUCACAGGAUGGCUCGUUUGCUCGCUUAGAAACAGACCGAGUGGUCGACUGACUGGCUGAAUGACAGGCUGACUGAUUGUCUGACUGACUGACUGACUGACUGGCUGAAUAACUGGCUUAAAUGACUUUUUUCAUUCUCUGAACGUUGGCUAAAAUGCGAAAAUCCGAGACGAUGUGAAUUCUGGUUUUCAACGUCUGUACUUUUUCAAAAAAUGCCCAUUUGUACAAUAUGGUGCAUAGUUUCAAAUUGCUCAAUAUAUUUUUUAGAAUCCAAAUAGAUGAGUUAAUCCGAACCUGUCAGCUGUUUAAGUAUUGUUUGAACGAGACAUGAGGCUUGGCUAGCUUCCCUCCUUUAACGACGCGUUUAUUUGAACAAAUUUACAUAUCUAUAACUCUGUUUACGAAUUUCACGGAUGAACAGCUUUUUAACACCACUUCAAACGACAUUAGUCGAUGAAACUAAAUUUUGCAAGCAUUUUAAGUAUGAUGAAAUUGGGGACAACUUGAAUUGUAUUUCUGUCAAGUAUUCAAGUGUUGGAAUUAACCGCAAACUACAUGUUCACGAGCGAUUCUUUCUUGGACGGCUAUUUCGAAGCUAAUGUUAUCAUGUAACGAGCAACCUUUCAUAUUUCACGGUUAGCCAGACUAAACAAAAUUUGCCCCACGCAGUGUACAGUUUUAUCGAUUUUUCAAAUCCUCCUUAGUCAAGGUAAGCCAAAAACCGUUAAUAUUCAGUUUAAUUCUACUUUCACGUAGCUUUCCUUUCGCUAAUUUUAACCAAAAUAUCGUCUUCGUGCUUUGAACAUAUCUGUCAGACUAUAGCUUACAACACUCUAGUCAGAUUAAAAGUAAUACUGAACACCUUUUUUGAUCAGUUUGUCUUAUAAAACAACUCUAUAACUUUCAGGCUAACCGCACGAGUCUAUGUAAAACUAUUCUAUUGAGAAUGUGGAUGUCCCAAACUCGAACUUGUGUUUAAAUAAUUCAAAUCACUGAGGUGUGAAGUCUUUUUCGCUGAUAUAUUCGAAGAGUUUUCAUAUAAUCCUUCGAAAAACAAAGAGGGUUGGUGUCUAUUAAUUGCUUCUUGUUUGCCAUAGUGCUUCCCAACGUAGUUAACGCUUCUACCGUUCGCUCAGGGCAUUUUUCAACGCGGAAAUUUUUUCUAUUUUUUUUGUUCGUUUAUAACCCCUUUCAUGUAUACCAAUUUUCGAUUUUUGCUAAAUGUCAUUUCAUUUUGUUGGUCAGUUAGAUCUAAGAUUAGUGUAAUUGUGUAAAAGGGAAAACGAGGGAGGGGAGGGUCUGGAGGCUAUGUUGUUCCCCGAUAAGUUUGAUAUGUUCUAAGGUAAGCGAAGAUACUUUCGAUACUCAGUUGAAAAUCGCUGUAUCUCAGUAGUAAGAAAUUUAACCGCCAAUUUCAUCACGACCAUCUUUUACAGAACUGGGACAGCAACAGCUGAAAGAGCUUGAAACCCAGCGAAAUCGCCUGGAUCAAGAGACCAGCGCUAAACUGGCCGAGCUUAACAACAGGUAACAUAAUACUUUUACAAAAGAAAUAGUUUUGGCUUCUCCCUUUUUUUAACUUCCAACGCAACUUCCCUUUUCGUUUCCGUAUCAGCCUAUACGAAGCCAUUGUAAGAAGCUUUUUUAGGGAGUAAAAAUAGCUUUUGAAAAAGAAGCUUCUUUCACUUCAACAACAACAACAACCUUUAUACAUCCAACUAGAGAAUGUUAAAUUUCUUGAUGGCUAAUGGAAAGAAGAAAAAGAUACAUUAUGAUUAAAGGAUGUCUGGGAGCUAAAUUGACAAACGUUUUCGUGCGAGCCCCUAGCUAUAAAAUUAUCUUUUUAACACAGUGGUGAUAGGCAGAAUAGUAGCAAAGAAAAAAAAACAACAACAACAAACUAAGUAAACAAAUACUAUAUACAGUCAAAACCGUUCCCUUUUUGUCCUUUUGUGAAGCUGUCGCAACAACUAAAUGUGAAAUGUUCAAGAUGUCACGAGCUUUGGGCAAAGGAAAAUAAUUUGUUGUGUGAGGGAGAGUUUCUCAGUGUUGUUUGUAUGCAUGAAGGAAACAGUCGAAGAAUUAAUCCUCCAAAGCUUUAGCGAGAAUUGGCUCUUUUGAACGUUGGGCACAGAUCCCUGCUCUUUCUUUGCAUUGUUCUUGGCUUACUCUAAUGCUCGCGCAACCGCUAUUUGAAAGGAAUUCAGUGACGCUGAGCCCGCGGUUUUCUUCAAGGACCAUCCUAAGCCUGUUGUUUGUUACGUAACAAUCAAGAUAACGCGCGAUAGAAUAUGCGCGCGCUAUGUUACCGUUAGUCCUCACAUAACUGCACGUUGGCUUGUUUGCUUAUAAUUUCUAAUCCUUCUGCUAAGACAUGUUGCCUUGCUACAGUGUGAAAGAACCAUCUUAACUCUAAACCUCAUAUGGUGUGUAAUUCCUAGCUGUCGGGGAAACGACCUUGAGUCUUCGGUUAAAAUUUAAGCUUCUUCCUCUUGUCUUGGUGGCUUACAUCCGGUGAAAUGAUGAUGAUCUGUCAGAAACUCCCAACUAUGUAACUACGGUUUCCUUGCUUGUGACUGAGACUUCGAUUUAUCCUUUAUUUUUCCCUGCUUGUUACGCAGGCACCGCCGGGCUGAACUCGAACAAAAAUCACGCCAACUCCUCGAGGAACGUGACCAACUAAGUGCCACGUUUGAAGCAGCGCGACAGAGGACCACGGAACUGAACCAGCCACCUCAAGUAUCUAUGCUUACCCCAGAUAAACGACUUAGUGUCGUUAGCAUGGGAAGCGACCUUGAACGCGGUGAAAAGGGCAGGUAGGACCCCUGCAAUAUAUCCGGUCAGUUCGCUACAAAGUCACGGUCAUUUCGCUACAUUGCAACUUACUGGAAAUUGUGAAAACUUUUCACUCUCUAAGUAGUUUUGAUGAAAUGAUCUAGCUCUUAUGUACUACAUUCCUUAUGAAACUUUAAUUGGGCUGGAGUAUUAUCAUAUACUACAAAUUAUCAAGGUUGUUCCUAGCAACAGCAAGGGAAAAUCAAAAUUGUGCUUUCCCAAAUUUUCGGCAGCUUCAGUCUGAAUCGGUCUGUCAAUAAUUUGAUCGACUUUGUAGCGAAACGACUGACAACUUUCAUGAUACUCUUUGUGUUGUCUUGCAGUAUCUCGUGUUUUUAUCCCAAGUAACUGCCUCUCCUUCAGGAAUUACACUUUUAACGGCGCAAAAAUAUUGCCAGAAUUAGUGUACGGGAUUACGUUUUCCUUGAUACCCAUCAUGAACUCUAAAAGUAAAAAUCAGGAACUCUGAACGUUUUCUUCGCUCCAUGAUCGUGACAUGCUGAACUUUUUUAUGGAAAAGAUAUAUAAAUACAGCGCUACUUGUUCCCAGCUCCUCCACGCUUUAUUCUGCGACUUUUUAACCAAGGUUCCGCCUCGGGCUUAAUUUUGCUGGGUGUUUAAGAGAUCCCUGCAUUUGAAACAUCAUCAUCAUCAUCACCACCACCACCAGUCCACCAUCAUCAUUAUAAUGAUGAUAACAAUAUAGUAGUAACAAUAAAUAACAGUAUACUAGUAAUAAUAAAAGGCUUAAGUAAAGAGUUUUAAGCAAAGCUUAAUAUAUUUAUGUUUAAAAUUUCAGCCCCAAUCCUAGCGCCGAUAAGAGUAUGAAAGACGCAGAUAAACGUGAUGGAGAGCAGGUGAGUUGUUCCGGGUUUGCUUGGUUUGUUCGUCAUAAACUGCUAACAGUCUAGUAGGCAAAUUGCACUGGCAGGAAGGGAAUGGGGGGGGGGGGGUGGGAUUAAGAGGGGAAACAGGUCGUAAGGGACAUAUGGAGAGGGGGUAGUACUGAUUAACGUCCGUUUGCUUGCCCACGUGACAGUUUCAAGGGACAUGCUCGCAAGUUUUUGUAGUGAUUUUUGUUUCCUUGUUGUUUACGUCGCACGGGAUGUUGUUUUGAAUCCCAUGGGAAAAAACAUCAUUCCUUGCACCAUACGAAAAUUUAGUUUUUGUCCAAGAUGCAAGUGCACCAACGCCGACACCUAGUAACACUGUGAUUGUUGCUUUAAGGAUGACGUUUAUAUGUUUUUCGCGAAUAGAUUAGACCCCAGUUGUUCAAACGGUGGAUAACGCUAUUCACUGAAUAAAUGUCUCUUGAAUAGAUUACGCAGUUGAUUUCCAUAAUACUUAUCGGCUUGAUAGUGAUUUGUCCGGUGGAUAGCGCUAUCCAACGUUUGAACAACCGGGACCACUUAUAUAUUGUUUGGAAAUUGUUCUCGCGUCUUUUUUAACAGGCGGUUAUGAAUGGACACGCUGAUGAGGGGGACUGGUCCGAAUCUUCCGAUGAGGGUCACCAAGGCCGCUACUCUCCCUUAGUUGCCAUGACGAUGAGCGGUACCAACACCAAACCUCCAACAGGAUUUUCGCCUCCCCGGUCCCAGUCCCCGUUGAUCAGAGGAUCUACCCCGAUGAAUACGACCGGUGGUGCCCUGGGUACUUCACUGAAUGGCUCGUUGGGGGUUCAAGGUAAGAAAGGUCAUGCUAAUUAAACCGAAAGAAUGAAAAGGGCAUUGUGAUGCUCUGUAACGUUACUCCACCCAGGAACCUCUAAGGGUCACGAGGUUCCUACUGUACUAGAAAUUUGGUUUUACCUAGAGUAAAACAAAGUGCAACAAGACUAUGAAAAACUGCUAUUCAUUAACUUCAUUUAACAAAAAAACAAACAAACAAAUUCAAAUUUUGUAAUUUGCAAUAAAAGUCUUAAGAAAUUCAUUAAUUAGUUACUCCUCAAAUUUCAACCUGUGAACUCCCUUUGCUUGUUUUUUAUAUAUUUUUGUUUUUCGUUUUUCUUUGAGGACAACUUGUAGAGUAUUGUAGUAGACCGUGGCAACAACUUCUACGCGCGCGCGCAAAUCCACUUAAGCGCGUAUAGUGUCUUGCGUCAUAAUGACAACUUUUUCUUCACAAUGCCUAACGGAAAGUUUCACGGUUGCGUUCUGAAAAUUUAACCGGACAAUAAUGAUAGCUUUUCAAGGGCUCAGGCGUAAAAAUAAGAUGCCUAAGCCACUAAGACAGUAGCGCCAAGGUAAGCGUGACUUGGAAAAAACAAUUCGGGCGUCUUUUACACUUUCUACGGUCGUUGCGAUUUGGCUUUACGAUUUGCCAUUUUAACCAGAAAUAAAAAAGGCUGCAUUCGAGAGCUUUCUUUUUCCACGAAGCCUCAAGCUUGACCAGUUUACGACGCCUCAAUACUUUUUUAUUGGUGACCACAGGAGAAAAAUGUACUAAAUGUGAAAUGCAUACGCAGAAGCACUGAUCAUGAUUUCCCUUGUUUAAGGCCGCUUGUUUGUUUUGGUUUUUUUCCCUCCCGCCAUUUCAAUUCAAACCUUUUAUUUAAAAAAGUUUGCCUUAGGAAACUUGGAAACUUGUCUUUUUAUUAAAAGUUCUUAUUCUUAUUCAAAUUACAGACAGUCAAAGUUUUGCGCGUCUUCAAGAAGCUCUUCGCGAUUCCAAACGACAAGUCGAUAAACAACGAGAAAGAAUUGUAGCGCUGGAGACGAGCAGAAAACAGAUGGAGAGCGACUUAGCUGAAGUGCAAGAGUAAGAUUGUGAUUUAAAUUUGUCCAAAUUUCCUGUGCUUACACUUGGUUUUGCCGCGGUAUCGAGACGCUUGCUACAGGUUUUCAGAUGAUUGAAGCGAGAUGAAGUGAAAAACAGAACGCUUCCUCCUUUUUCAUAGUUUUUUUCCUUUCGUCUGAUUGUGUUCGGGGGGGCGGGGUUCAGGGGCUCGUUUCUUGAAAGUCUCGGUAACUUUUCGAGCCCGAAAACAAUUCCAAAUCUAAUCGGAUGAAAACGCCGGUCCUGGCGAACAAACCAGACCAUUUUGUUUUUAUGACAGAUGGUUUUUAUCGUGUGAUCUGCAAAACGUGUGAAACCUCGGUCUUGAAUUCAAACAACAACAGCUUUCCGGGCCCGAUAAUUAUCGGGGCUUUCGAGAACCGGACCCCUUGCCAUUUUUCCAUGGUUUCGGACCUCCAUUUUCGAGAAAACCUCUUGGCUUUAAUUUCCAUAACUAACACUAUCAUGUGAUGAUGAUUUUAUUACAGAGGGUACUCUUUUUGUUAGUGUGAAUCGCAUAUAAGCCAGCUUCCCCAUCCUUCCCAAACCGUUCCUCUUCUCUGCCGACUUGUUUUAACUUGGUUCCUGCCACUCCUUCUCCCCUUCCUUCCCCCCCCCCCUUACAAUAAUCGCUAUGUUGUUGGCUGGGGUUUGCUCUUACUUUUCACUGUUUCAUUAGGAGAGUGGAAUCUCUAACCAAAGAGAAAUCUGAAUCCGAGCGAUUGAAGAUGGAGGUAGAAGCCGCUUACAGGACGCUGCAGUAUAAAUACGAUCAAGAAAGCGAAGCACGGCGGGUAUCAGAAGCCCUUCAUAACCAGCUUAAAGAGCAAAUCACAAGAGCAGAGGAUAAACUCGCUAAGUAGGUUUGCACAAAUUUAAUGUGUGUUUGUUGAUGUUGGGAAACUUUUGUUGGCUCGCUAUCAUGAUGUGAUGUGGGUAUUGUUGGAUGUGUUUUGUAACUGGUAAUCUUCUGGACCCGAAUGUUCAACGUUAUCCAUUAGAUAGAGAUUUCUCCAGUGGGUAGCGUUAUCCAUCUUUCGAACAACUGAGGCCUUUAAUUUAUUCUUGGUAAUUUCGCCAGCUGUAACACCAAGAAACCGAGAAGAUACGUCGUAACUUUUUUUCUAGCAGUUCUCGCUUUGACAAACCAAAAAACAAUGAAAUGAAUUCAAAGCUAGACAAAGAACGGUGCAAAUGAAAAUUGGCUUAAAAUUUGACAAAUGAUUUUUUCCUAAGAUCUUCAAACCCUUCACUACUCGAAUACGUAUAUUUGGGGGAAAUCCUUGGGUAAUGCCAUUCAAAUGAAACUUCUUUGGCUGAAGUUUUGCAUUGUACUAUUUAUUUCUUCGGUUUUGAAUUUUUUAUAUGACUUUUUUCUUUCACUGUUUGGAGUUUAAGGGUUAAUUUUUCGCGUUAUUUCUAAUUAAUCUUCUCAACCAAAGUGCAACAAUUUUAUACGUGUAAAUUCGUAUCCUAUGUUUGUAGGGAGCUGGAAAAUCGUCAAAACUUGGAGGUCGAAAAACGCCAACAACAAAUCGAAAAUAAGUCACUGCGAAACAACCUACACCAGCUCGAAUCGGAUGUGCGAGAUCUGAAGAGAGCAUUAGCCGAGGAACAGGACGCGCGCGCCAUGCAAAACCAGCUACUUGAAGAUGAACGUAAAAAGAGUGAAGUAUUAAUUGAGGAGUCGCGUAACCACUCACUGCAGAAAGCUGAGGCGCUAAGCCAACUGGAAGCAGUGGAUCAAACGAGGAAGAGUUAUGAAGUCAGCAGCGGCUCAUUGCGAGAAGAACUUAAAGCAGCACAAGUAAGUGUUGUUAAAAUAGGUGGAGUUGGUUUAAGAAGAAGUUAUAUGUGGAUUCGUUUGCAGCAUACUGAUUAUGAAUGGUCAUUCUUUAGGGUUUUUUUCGGCUACGAAUUUUGAAUUACUGUGACUGUGUACAUAAUAAUGAACAGUAUCACAGGAAAGAACUGCACUUAAACAUUUCAUCCUCAGGAUCAAAACUACACCUUUGUGCAUCAAUUUAACGCUGCUAUAAGGAUGUUAUCUAUCUUAGCCUCAGAGUAGGCUGUAACAGCUGCUUGUGGGUAUAGAUGGAUUCAAUGAGCGUUAUUGUUUCUUUUUUUUUUUGACGUUGUUAGAUUGAGCUAGCCGAUACCAAAGCUCGGCUGGAGGCAACGAAGGCAUCAAUGGGGAAGGAAAUUGCGCUUCUUAAGGAGAAACUGCAAAAGAAAGCUGACAAAGUGGUAAGAUUCUUUUUCUUUUUCUUUUAAGUACAAAACUGUUAAUCGUGGAUGCUUAAAAAGACAAUUUUAUUAUUUCAGGCCAAAAGUGAGGAAGCACUUCAACAAACUCGCGCUGAAUUCGAUUCACAUGUGGCAAGCGGAAGAAACGAGCAUGCGCAGAUUAGCAGCAAGCUAGAAAGUGAGACGCAGACGCGGGCUCGGCUAGAGUCUGAAGUAAGCCAUAUAUUUUCAUAAAUUCACGUAUGUGUACAUAAGUGUUGCGGAAAACGCGUUUUUGAUCCAGUCGUUGUAAAACUGUUUGAAAGGUCUUCCAUACUCUUAAAUUUUCCUGUUGGUGAAAGGCUUGAUUAGUGAUAUUUUCUCUUCUUAUUAGAUUUCGUCAUUAAGAUCGCGACUGGAGAAAUCUGAUAAAGAACUUGAACGAGCCAGUGUGGGAAGAGUGGAAGCUGAAAGGUGAGAUAUAAUUCCGAAACCUGCCCUUCCCAGUUACAUAAUUUACUCUAAUUCUCUCCUGCCCUCCCAUCCCUGACUUUUUAUGGGCCCCCUCCCCCUCUGAGGUUCUGCGAUACACUUUUUGUAGUAUAUCAAGGAUGAACCACCGAGAAGAGAGUUGAAAAUUAGACGUGCACUGGAGUAUUUUAAAUGAACUUCGCGGUGUUUCAUCCGGUGAUUAAACACUCAGUCGAAUGCUUGAUAUUACUUCUCAAACAUGAUCAUUGUUGAAGGAGAAAUUAAGGAUGCAAAAAUGAGCAGUUUUUCUUCUGAUUUCCAAACACUCAUUAAACAUAAAUUUCCUUCGUAUUUUCUUUUUGAAUUAUUAAUGAGUUUGAGAAGAUUUGAUACCUCCUUUUACGGCUUAUCAUUUAGCGUGUUCUGUCAUAUGAAGGGGGUGGGGGUGGGGAGAGACGGUGUUAGUAAAGGACUUACAUCUUAUUAUAUGAAUUCAUCCUGCUGGAAACAUAAGAUUCCCUAGACUGCCAGCAAGCUCUCUUACUGCUCCCGGGGGUAAAGUGGUGGGGAAGGGAAGAGUGAUAGGACCCAGAGCGCCCCAGAAAGCUUUCUCACAGGCUAAAGACUCCCUAAUAUUCCACGAUAAAAAUACCACCUGAAAGACUAAGGAAAGUUGCGCACUGACAGGCAAGACGUGUCGGUGGCGCUAGUUAAAAAUUACUUGUUUCGACCGAAAGUCGAGACAAAUCUUUCACAUUUGUGAAACAGUUUAUGACCGCAAUUUUGACAAAACGAACAAAUCUGCUGUAAGUGUGGUGGGACCCUGGCUUUUCAAUCUCUUUUCUAUUUGUCAGUUGUUUGUUUCACAUAGUUGUGAUUUUUUUCUGUAAAUAAAUUUCACAAACGUGAAAUCGCUUCUUUUAAUUACUUAUGUAAUUUUUUUCUCCUCUGGAUGUUUCAGACAAGUGCAGAAUUUACGCGAUGAACUUUACCAAUCAAAGCUGAGACUUGAAAAAGAGACUUCCUCAUUGAAGGAGGCCAAUAAGGUAAGGUUUGAGUUCUCUAAAUUCUUACCUGUUGCAAUGUAUGAAGAAAACAAAACUGAACACGCGAAUUGUUGCUGCUAUUCAAGAGCUUUUACUUUGGUCGUACAAUAAAUAAUCGGAACCACAGAAAAGUAUUCCAAGCUUCGAUUGGCGACAAAAGUAGUUGGCACUUUGCCUUCCACGACAUUUCUUACUUUUUGCCAAAACUGUCUACUUUAUUCUCGUUGCUCACGAUUGGAAUCUUCAAAAAUAGGUUAAUAUCAUAGGGAUGAUCAUAAGUCAAUUUGUCAAAGACAUUGCUUUUAUUUGAAUGAAUUGCCACUUUAUCAUUAUUCUAGUAACUUGCGCUGGCUGUUGAUUUCCUGUAUUCUGUGAGUCAAAUGUGUUACUUUACUAGUACUUUUGCCACUUCUUCGUUUUGCUAUUUACAGGCGUUAAUGGUCAAACUGGAGUCGGCGGAGAACAAAGCAAGUAGUCUUGACAUCGAGGUAAGAUUUUAUUUUCCUCCGGUUAUUUGCUAUAGCUCUUGAUGAGACGGACACCUCUAUAGAACGGACGCAGAAAAUUUGCCCCUGCCAUUCGUCGACCAUUUCCUGUCCCGUGGUUUCCGUGUCCCCCGGUUAUAUGUCCAUGUACCUGUAAACAACAACAACAAAAAAAACAUCCGAUUGUAAGCUUCCCCGGAUAUAACCCCCUCUCUAAAUUUAUUGAAAUGACUUUGAUCUUGUUAAGACGUUAGGCCGUAGAAAUGACACAUAGAAUUGGCCCAUGACAUUCUACGGUCGUUUUCCUGUAGCCCUCUCAGUUGUUUUAUUUUGACUUCCUAUAAAGCAAACAUCUAUCUAACACGGACACUUAUUGUCCCUUUUCAAUGGUAUCCGCCUUAGAGAGAGUCUACCGUAUUUAGUCCAGGCCCCAGUUGUUCAAACGUUGGAUAGCGCUAUCCAACGUUUGAACAACUGGGGCCAGAAUUUAUGAGACUCUCUGAGCCCAAGAGGUCGACCGAGAGAGAAACAGGAAUCCAAGGAGCAGAUCGUAUUCAUAAGUUGAUACUCGUACGUUUUUUUAUACCUGAAUUUCUUCCCGAUUUACCGGCCAUUUUUUGUGUGUGUGUUUCAUUUACCAAAUACUGCUUUUGCAGUUUUUGUCCAUUUAAAUUUUCUAUCUGAGAAAGUGAUAAAAAACAACAUUUGAUCUGUUUCAGUUGCAAACUGCGAAUGUUAUGCUUAAUGAACGAGGAAGUCAACUGAACCUUGUGCAGAGAGACACAGAACAUCAGAAGUCACAACAUGAUCGACUGCAAGACAAGAUCCGACUAGAAAAGGUAUCAACUUCUCGGUGAAAUUUCUAAAUAGAUAAAGAGUAAAAUUCUAGAGAUGCUGGUGCCACGUCGCUGAGGUAGAGAAACAAGACUGAAAACUGACUGAAAUGAAAGAGUGGGUGUUUAUAGAGUUGGCCCUUUAGUAAGCACGGGAGCGUUACACAGGGCCAUGGCUUAUUCGCUUGGAAUUGACUGACGUAAUAGCAGCUAAAGAAAGUUCCAAGCAAGAUUAGUCAUGUCGUUACUUACGUGUGGUACUAUUUCACUUACGUUUUCUUUCAGGAGCAAAAUUCAAGACUCUCUGCAAAGUUAGAAGGCAGUGAGCUUAAGUAAGUCACAUGUACGUUCCAAAUGACUUUAAGAUCGAUAUUUGUUCAUCUUACAACCGCAAACGGUAAACCACGGUUUGCGGUUAGCGGUUUCACGUUACCCGUCUGCCCAUAAUUAGGACUUAGGAUUCGCGGAUGGUAGCUCGCGACUGCCAUGUUUGUUUUCCUUCUUUCGUUCACUUCUAAUUUAGUUGAGAGAUCGUCUUUAAAAUUGCGUUUCUAUGAAAAAGAAUUCGAUAAUUAAUAAGCGAAAGAGUCCUAAUAAGUAGUAUUCACCUCUCAAACGUGGGAUUGUGAUGUUUUAGAAUGCAAAAAAACCUUACGGCAAAUCACUUCCGUCUAGAGCGUGGUCUUGCCGUACAAAAGUGAACCACAAACCGCAAACCUGACGGGAAGGCCCUGGUCACGUGACUUCUUAAGGUUCGCGGUUUGCGGGAAAUGCCGAAAAACCUCGAUCUUAAGGUCUCCUUUAUUUGUAACCUAGUGCUGACAUUGUGUUCUGUAACCUAACGUAUUUGUACUUAUUUUCGAUAGUAGUAAUUUUGCGAAUUUCGCGAUUUCAAAAAAGUUCGGGAAUGUUAGUUUGCGCGAAAGUUGAAUUCGCAAAAUUCAAUUCUGUAUUAUAUUAUACAACAAUACAAAUUUUGGAGUUGGUGCAAGUUGCGGAGUUGAUGGCUGUACAGUCCACUUGCUGAUACUGUGCCGCGCUUUAAAGAAUCGGUGUUUUACAGAAGUUCAGUGCUAGUUGACAGGCACUCCUGUGGGGUAUAGGAAUAAGAGAAAGCUAGAACGCGCCAGCAGACGUUGAGAGGAUGGUGCAGAGGAAAGGAGGUCUUCUCCCCCUCUUUUAGCCCCCGGCCGCAAUACAAGCAAUGAGAUAGCUUUUUAUAAAUGGGGGGAUGAACCCUGUAAUGAGUUAUUCCCCUUCUUUUCAGAAUUUCCAGUCUUCAAAGUGAUUGUGACUCUUUAAGACGGCGAUUAGAGGAGAAUAACGAAAAAUUAAGAAAGCAAGAAGAAGCAGCCUUAAGAUCAGAGGUGGGUCAUUUUUUCGGCGCCGCACAUUUUGUUGAGAUUACUUUGUUGCUAGUCGUAGCUUUGCUUGUACUGUACUGACAAUCCAAUCCUUAUUCUCAGUUACACGUUUAUUUAUUUCACUCAGCACUUACUUGAUUAUUUCUUUUUAUGAGUGAGAACUCAAAAGUAUCCGUUUUCGUUACAGGAAAAGUUCAACGGUAUGAUUGCGUCGUCAAGGGCAGAUUUUGAAAAGGUACGACCGAUACUGAAACUCGUCCUGUUUUUAUUUUAUAACGAUAGUAUAGUUGGUUCGAAAAAAUUGGAACUUCAUCGCGUCUUUUUUUGACAAGUCGAAGGUUGCAAUCACGUGACAAGGCAGCCAUGUUGGGGGUCAAUACAAUAGAAUUUUUUCAUGAAGAAUUUACGUGAAGAGUUAGAGUUUAGUCCCCAGAGGAGAGAAAUGUUUUUGUUCUUGACCAUCAACAUGGCCGCCGUGACAUCACGUGCAAACCAGCAAUGAACCCACCCUGCCAGCAGAGCCUAAUAGCCGUCUGCUUGGUACAGCGGGUUCAGUUUUUGACCAUCGGUUUAUCAAUAAACGGAUGUUCGCACUCGAAAAACAAGAUUGACUAGUCCAUAAGCUUGGGUGCGGGGACUUCAAAGGCUUGGCGUGAUUCAGGCUAAACCUCCUUUUCUCCUCCUCGCCAAACUUCACAUUCCUUCAAACAGAUCUUUUCGUAGAAGAGCAAAAAACAUUAAUGUUAAGUGAAUUCCCGACAAAACACGCAAGUAAUAGCUCCGUCACGUUUUUCACAGUCACGCGUUUGGCCGACCUGUUGCGUAAACUCACUAUUGAAGAGAUCACAGACAGUUUUAACUUUCAUUGCCUGGGUGUGGUCGGGGCUGCCUUUUGAAUAACAUUUUUGUCUUCGCAGAGUAAACAUAUUAUGACAGAAAAACAAGAAACUCUUUUGGAUACAAUCAAUAAGCUCAAGUCAGACAUUGACAAAGGAAAAGAGAAGAGCGCCCAACAAAAAGCACAAAUCAGAGAUUUACAACAGGUUUGUUAAGAAAAAUGUUACGUAUAUUCAUGUCACGCUGGUAGUCACCCACCCAGCAGUUCUCAGUUGUGUUGUCACGCAACGCUUAUCUCUACGAACAACAAUUCAGUGACAUCUCAGUGAACGGCUGCGUCGGAGGCUACGAGCGUGACAAAUAAGUAACCUCUGCCCUCAGUGGGGUUCAAGUUCAUAGCCUCCCAUGGUACCCGUUGGGUGUUGCUACCUCCUGAGCUCCUAUGUAGCUCGAUACGGUGGAACCGCGAUGUAACGUAAGUCCAAAGUAGUCGAAAAAGCGUUGUUUAUAAUGGGGUUCGUUAUGUAAUCUGGGACGUGUUCAUUUAAUUUUACAAUAGUGGGGGCGGGGGGCGAAGAGUGUCAUUCUUUAUUUGCCUGCUAAUACGUUCGAGACCGGGUCGUUGUAUCGAAUAACACUAUCGGACCGUUUUGAGGGCGCUGUCUACGCUCUCCCGUUUUUCUUGUUUAAUACGACUUUGCGAGGGAAACUGGGACCGAAUUCCCUACCCAAAAUACGCCCAUAAGGCAAUUCAACCCAACCCAGUCGUACGCUCCGCGCAGGUUCCUUGUAUCAAGGUUUCACCGAAAUCUUCGCCGAAAACAUUUUGAUGCUGUAAUUUUGGUGAAAGAAUGUCUUUGACCAAGUGAAAACAUUGCUAAGUGACCCGUGCCUCUAUUCUUUUCUUUGAUUCGUCUUUCAGGAACUCAACGAGACAUCCAAGAAACUUGUGCAGUCUGAAACAUCUUUAGAAAUGCAAAUCAAGGUAUAUCCAGCUAAAAAUAGCCGAACUGGGUUUAAUAUUCUCACUUCAGACAAGAACUGGUUGGCUGAUAUAUUGAUCAACUGCGGGCGAAAAUGUUGGGAAGCAUAACUAAGAAAAGUGGAAAAAGUUUCUUGUUACGACCUUUUGGUCUGGCCAGGAAAAAAAAAACGUUUUCGUUAAUUGUCCCUAUGAAAUUUUCGCGGGGCAGUUAGACGCAUUUCAAGGAACUCUUAAAAUUGUGAGCUUGCUGAUAUCCUUGUUUAGUAAUCUUUUGCCUAAUGAUGAUGUUGUUGUCGUUGUUUUUGGCGUAGGGCGCGCAGUAGCAUUUUUGCCUAAUUCACAUUCUUAAAAUACUACCUAAUAUUUUUACACGCGCGGAUACAGACAAAUGUGUUUUGUUUUUCUAGCUUCGCGAAGAGCUUGAGGAUGAGAGGUCAAGGUUGAGGAACCAAUUAGUCAAUCUCGAAAAUACGGUGGGUCAAUGUAACCUCAUAAUUUUUACUACUCCUAAAAUGGAAAGUAACACUUUGGUGAUGACGGCUGAACAUCCCAGGUAGUUGUUUCCUUAAGUUGUUUCAACCAGCCGUGUUAACAAAUAAGUAAUUGAGCGUAAUUUUUUGUGGGCUGAACAUCCGCGUAUAUGCGCUCCCCCUUCUCCACCGAGUUAUAGUUUAUAGUCCCAUCUUAUUGAUCAAGGCAUAAAAAUAUGGACACAGUAGCUCAUAUUUUAAUUGUAUAUAUCUUCAUUUUAAAUAUCACUCUUACUAUACCAUUUUUUACCUGCACUAAUGAUUUUUAUGCUCGUUUUUUAUAAUUUUUAAAUAUUUUUAAAGUUCAGUUAGGGGACCUUCUAUAGGGAUAAUAUCGCGGUCCACCUUUUCAAAUAUGUAUCGUGUAUCGUGUUUAUGAGCAUAUAUGUAUUUGAAUAAAGUCUUAUUAUUAUUAUUAUUAUUAUUAUUAUUAUUAUUAUUAUUAUUAUUAUUAUUAUCAUCUAACUGUGAACAAAAAAAUAUAUCCAAUUUUAAGCCCCCUCCAAAUGAAUAAGAUUAAUUAUGACUUUGUGAAGCUUAAUUAAAAAUCAGUAAAUGCAAAACCUGUUUUGAUCCGCGUGACCAUAGCUUGUUUGGAACCGCUUUUUAUACUACGUUUAUUAGACCCCUAGGAUCUCAGCCCUACCAAAACCCCCUUACGAAGAUGUGUAAGCGGUAGUUUACGGUAGAGUAAAGCUUUGUGCUCUCCUUUUCGCUGUAGGUGGCAACAGUGGAAGCGACAAAGGGGGAGGUGACGGGUCAUGCGUUAAAACUUGAAGAAGAACUGGAACACUCCAAACGAGUCCAAGGGGAGACCGCUGAUCGCCUGGUCUCUAGGAGCGCGGACGUCGAAUCUGUCACCAGAUCCUUGGUAAGUAUACUUUGUAUUUCUUCUCUGCACAGCCUACCCAAGAAAAUUUAUAUUUUUAAAUCGUUAUACAUAUUCGGAUACCUGAAGAGUGUGCUCACUCCUCUGUCCGUUUGCUUCUCCUAGUGGUUCUACUGCACUUUAAAUGGUUUUUCGCCCACUUUUAAAUCUCUAAGGAAAUAAAUACAGCUUAACCAAUAAUUAACCUGUGGAAAAUGAAUAGCAAUGUUCGCAGUAUUAAAUUAUAACCAAACAUUAAUUUUAAAAUACGUUUAAGUGAAGGCUUUUAGGACACAACAACACGUUGUUGAACCAGUAGUAAGGUAUACGCCACAGUGAUUGCUCGUGUGGACACAGGGUGGCGGAGGGGGGGGGGGGGGCUCCAUUGGGGGAAAUAUUUUCAAAAAUUUAAAAAAUUUAGGCGGGGUUACAAUUAUAUUUUUAUUUGAAAUAGUUUUUUAGUAAGUAAAAAAAUUGUUUUUUUUUGCCAGGGUUUUAUGUAUGUAAAAAAAAAAAAUAAAGAAAAUCAAAACAAUAAAUUACCUGUAGAAAAAAAAAAACAAAGUUUGCAAAAUUAAAUUAAAAAAAAAAAUUAUUUUUAAAAUAAUUUUAAGGGGAGGUUUUUUGGAAAAAAAAACACGUUUUUGAAACAGUAGUAAGGAUUACGCCAAAGUGUUUGGCGGGGGGGGCGCGGGGGGGGGGGGGGGGGGGGGGGGGCUGCCUUGGUGGUAGUAAUCAUCACAGAUUAAUAAAUUGCGGUUGAGAUUCCAAUUUGUGUUUGAUAUCAAAUUGUUUUUAGGCAGUAGAAAACGUGGUUGUGAUGCCACAGGCUUUAAACGUGAAAAGAAGCAGAUAGCUUGCGUUAAAACGAGAAAAUUUUGUGUAACGGAGAAAAAAGCCCCUCAAUUUUUUAUUUUAAUCAUCCAUAACAAAAUGAGGAAGCGUUCUUUUGACCGUAAUAAGUAAGAAUUAAUAUGUGGAUACAUUUAAAACCUCACUUAUAUGAUUAACUACAUCGAUAACACUUCUAAAUGUUAAUGUAUAAAUAAAUAACGAUUAAAUGAUCACACUCUUUCUCACACAGUCCCAGCAAGAGGACGGCAAAGAACCGGUAAAUCUAUUUCUAAUGUAUUACUCAUCAACGCUUGCGCAUAAAAAAGCUAUAAAACUCCUAUUAAACCUUUUUUUGGUUACUAGUAUAACGUCUGAAUUUGGGGUAUCCACGUGAUAAAUAGGUUACUAUAACAACGUCAAAACAUGCAUAACCUGUUCCCUAACGCUGGGACGAAAGUUUGAGACCAUUAUCACAGAUUCACCCAUAUAAAGCGUGGUUUUGCUACUCUACUAAAGUAAAAAUGUGUUAAGUGUCGUAAACGUUUGGCAGCACUUUUAUAUGCUUAAUUUUAAAUGAAAAGCAUUUAUGUUCAUGUGUUUGAGAAAGAAAUUAAAGCUGUUGUUGAACAGUUCACAUAUCUGAUCAAGUGGAUUUUCUUUGUUUUUGUUGUUUUCCGGGAAUCUCAACGUUUUUCAUGGCAAAGGCGAUUUAAACUCUGAGAUUCGAGGAAAAGAAAAACUUGUCUUGUUUCUCAGGACAAGCCUUUGAAUGAUUUGUUACAAGGCCCAUAAAGAGAUACUUUUUCGUGUACAAAACUGCUGAAGUAAAUCUCAUCUAGUGGUCAACAUUGGUGGGUAUCAUUGCUGUGUUGUCCGCUUAGAGACUUUUGGCAAGAAAGUUUUAUUGUGCGAUUUGUAGGAUGUCAUGUGACUUCGAAGAAAUCCAUUAUCUUGCUAUAAAACAAAUAGAUAUAUCAAAGUUUGAGAGUAAGGUGAAGGUUUACAAGCAUUAGUGUUGAGGGUCUUGUUUUUUUUGUCUUGUAACUUUAUUUGCGUUCUCCAGUAUUUUCUACUUUUUAAUUUCUACCUUUUCAGAUCAGAAGGGACAAUGCUUUACUUAAGUGUAAACAAAGUUCCCUGUUAGUGCAAAGCAUUUCAAUUAUACAAGUUUCCGACUGUUUUUCUUUUCUGAAAAAUAAAAUGCAUUUCGUAAGUUAUCUUCAAUUAUUUCCUGCGGGGGAAAAAGUCAUUGACGACCCUCACGCAAGAAUGAACUUGUAAAAUACAAGUUACAGAAAGGAAGAAAAUAGCGUGGAAAAAGUGACAGCUUUAUACAUGUGAGUGUAGUCUAUUUGAAAAAGAGAGGGAAUUUAUUUUUCGCAUGGAGCUCACAAUUUCUUUUUCUGACAGCCCUAACUGUUUACAUUAAGCAGGAUAAAAUUCCCAUUAUGAUAAAGAAUAAUUGAACUUCGACAAAUUUAGACGAUAAUUUCUACGGUCCCCAAAUUGUAAACUGUAUUUAACAUUGCAAUUUAAAACGAACGUUUUGUAGUCUAAAAUAUUUCUUGUUAUCUUUAAAAAUAUCAAAUUAGAAACCGCCUCCAAUGGCGCCCUCUUGGUUAAAAUAACCACAAUAUUGGACAAGGUUUCCGAAUAUUUGAUUUACGCGAACAAAAUCCUGCCAUUAGGUUCUAAGACGAUGUAAAAGUAAAUAUUUUUACAUAAGGAAUUCUCUUUUUGUCGAAAAACUAAGCGGGCGCAAUUGUAUUUUACGAGAAAACAAAUAAAUUGGAAAGAGUGGGAUUUGAUGCACUGAAAACGUGUAGCAUUCUUUGGCGUCAAACCGUCGUAUUGACUUAAUACGUAAAGGAAAAGAAAUUAACGUUUUUGCCGUAAACCCUUCCGCAGGACAUUUGAAAAAAGGUAAUGUCUUUAUUUUAAUAAUGACUAACGGAAGAUAAAAAUGUUUUUGUAAUAUCCUUUGAAAUUCACAUAACUAUAAUAUAUUCCAUUUAAAUCGAUAAUAGUUAAUCGCCUUUACAAUCGCUUAAAGCUGAAUCUUUGUAGAGCAUCCACUCAGACGCCAAUUUGUUACCACAUUCAAUAUCACGAAAAUCGCGUCGUACUUUCGAAGGCAGUACUGAUAUUUUUAUUGGAAGUCGAUCUGUAGAGAACAAGAAAAUGUAUCUGAAUAAUUUGGUACGCGCCAAGGUUCCUAAUUUAUUUAAUUUUCUAAAAGAUCACCUUUAACUGUUUAAAUAGCUAUCUUUUCUUUAGCGCUGUUCAUUUCGUAGUACGAGUUGGUUUAAGCGAUUUAGUCUGGUGACUGGAAUGAAUUUUAGGAUUUCCAUGCACAGACAAGGUGCUAUUAAGUUAGUUUGUAGUUCUAACAUUUGAGUCUGUGGACGAAAUCCUAUGGUGUUACCAUUCAAAUGAAACCUCUUCAGCAGCAGUUUCACAUGGCACUAUCUUUCUAGCAUGUAGUUAUAACUUUUGAGUCCGUGGACAAAUCCCUAUGAUGUUACCAUUCAAAUGAAACCUACUCAGCAGUACUUUCACAUGGUACUAUUUAUUUAGUAUGUAGUUCUAACUUUUGAGUCUGUGGAUAAAAUCCUAUGAUGUUACCAUUCAAAUGAAACCUACUCAGCAGUACUUUCACAUGGUACUAUUUAUUUAGUAUGUAGUUCAAACUUUUGAGUCCGUGGAUAAAAUCCUAUGGUGUAACCAUUCUAAUGAAACCUCUUCAGCAGUACUUUCACAUGGUACUAUUUAUUUAGUAUGCAGUUCUGACUUUUGAGUCUGUGGAUAAAAUCCUAUGAUGUUACCAUUCAAAUGAAACCUACUCAGCAGUACUUUCACAUGGAGGAUACCAUUUAUAUUUAUGUGUAGUUCUGUGGACGAAAAGUUGUGGAGUUUCCAUUCACAUAAAACCUCUUUGGCCGAGCUUUUGCACUGUGCUAUUCUCUUCUUUGGAUUUUUUAAAAAGGAAUUUAGCAUAUUUAUGUUUGUCUCUGGGGGUAGGGGGGUAGGGGAGUACGAGUAAAAGCAGCGUUAGGAAUAUUUUGUGAUUUUUCUUUCUUCUUGUUAGGCCCAAUUAGAACAAAUGGUGACAAGACUAAAGGUGGACAAGGCUCAAUUGGAAUCAUCAUUGAGAGAGGAGGAGGCUAAGUCUGGUUUACUUUUGAAAGAAGUUAAGGAAUCAAACGAGGUAAGAUUCCACUUUAUAAUACAACGCUCUUCUUUAGCUGGUUUAUAAAUUGGUUUUAGCUUUCUUUUAUGUGACAUGAUUCACAGGCACUCCACUCGACCCUCAGGUUACCAAACGAUGAUGCUUGUUUAGUUUUCUCUCUUUCCUUCCAUUCGCUCUUUUUCUGUCUUUCCUUUUCUUUCUUUGGACUGUUGUUUGUGGUUUGCACUUGUCUGAUAUUCUUGGGAUAUAUGGGGAGGGGCAGUACCAAACUUCUUUCACCAUAAUUUAAAGUUUCAAAUGGAUAGCAAAAAAUAAACAAAAACAAUAUCUACGCUUUGUUUCGCGUUCCUUCUUUUUGUCUGUGUUCGUUUUUGUGUCGUCCUUUUGUCUCAUUGUCUUUUUUUGUUUUUGUUUGUUUUUUUUUUCAUUUCAAACCAAACUUUUUCAUUAGCAUUUUGUGUAUACAGAGCUUCUUAGACGCUUUUCUUGCACAAAGAUCAAUAACUUUACUCAGCUCAUUUGUAAGUUUUUUUAGCGAAGCUUAUCUCGUAAUUAUCAACUCCUAUCUUUUUAAAAUUCUGUUGAAAGAUUUCGUUGCUCUAUACCAUAAUCUUCCUUCGGUUUUAAGUAGUCUGAGUUUUAUCAAGGGACAAAUUUUAUGUUUUCGCUACGAAAGUACAAACGCUUCCAUUUUCACCCGACUGAAAAUUCUUUCAUGACGUUGUGUCCAUUCCUGUCGUUUUUAUUCAACGCUUCGUGUCCUAUUUUAAUGGGAAGUAUUUUAAAACGUCUGGACUCAGUUGUUGUCGUGAUUAAUUCAAUUAGUUCAUCAUGCACGCAACUUCCGUAACCAGUUAUCUACGAACACCAUUCCACAGUGUUCUCGCUUUGAAAAAAAAAAAGAAAAAAAAAAGAAGUAAUAACUGUGGAAGAGAUAAAUCUUCAUUUUGUUUAAAUUCAACGUGACGGAUUAAGUAGCAAAAAAUUAAAAUCCUUUACUUGUCCUUUAGUUUUCUGAAAAACAAGGACAACUUUUAUUUCAUUUUCUGAUGUAAAUUUUGUCGCUCAGGCGUAAUUACUUCCAGCAUUCGGGUUAGUUAAAUCUUGAUAGAUAUGUUGUAUGGAAAAAAAUUUAAAUAUUAACGUCGAAAAUCUUUUAAGUUUUCAUUUGAGGUUAAAAUCAUUGUCGCUCGAUAUAAAUUAUGCAUUACAAUUAGCUCCGGCGCUAAUUUAAAACCAAUCAUUUACCUCUGUUUUUCGAUUAUUUCCCUAAUUAGUACUAAUUUAAGGAUUGCCGGCAGUUUUUCGUUUCAUGGUAAUAUAUUUAGAGCAGUUCGAAACUUAGGACACGAAAAUAGUUCAUUUCAAUUCUCUGUGUUUCGAAAUUUAGAGCGGUCGAUCCUUUCGUGGCAGAAUCGCCAAACGAUAUAUACCUUUUUCUUAAUUUUUUGAAAUUCUGAGUAACCGAUAAAGUCAUGCCUGAGGAAAGCGAGACUCACUGUAAGAUCCCUGAAAAAUUUGAUGACAACGUGGUCCUUUUCCUGUGUCGAGGAAAUGAUCGCAGAAAAGUGCGUUUUCGAAAGCGUGACUCGGUGCCCAAAUUUAAACACGAGGUGAUGUAUGUUUGUUUUUAUCUUUGUUUUAUUUGCUACUUCAUCCUAAUUUCUAACACCACUCAACUCUUCGGUCGGCUGUUUCUUUUGUUGUUGUUUUCGCUAUCGAAAAAGAUUUUUACUUCCUGGUGGCUAUCGCUAUGUCGAAUUCCUUAAGCUCCAGCGACGCUUGAAGCGCCAACCAAAAAAACAGGAAACAAUGUUGGUGGGUUAAUGGCCAAAAGCCUUAGUUUAUACUACGUUACGUUACGUUACGUUACGUUACGGUACGUUACGUUCUUGGCAAUGGGCCAGUGUGCUACGUGCUUGGAAAAUAGCAUAAACGUCCUUAAUUGGGGGGUUAGGGGCAGUAAACCGAUUGUUAAAAAUAUGUCGUUUUUGUUUUCUUUGAACUCGAGAAACUUUGUGAUUGAUAUAUUUUCAAUAUUUCUCAGUAUUUAAUGAAUUAAAGGGAAAUUAAUGCUCUCUUAAACUCAACAGGCUAGACAGAGCUUGGAGAAACUAUUAUCAAAUGUGAAGGGCGAUUCUAUAGAACUCGAGAACAGAUUACAGGUACCCUAUUAGUAGAAUUAUUAUUGUUAUACUACUACAUGAGAAAUUUCUGCAAUUUGAUUGGCUUAGAGCAGUGGUAUUUCAGCUUAAUUUGAAAUACCUGCAGGUGAAAAUUACAAACCUCUUGCCGGUAGUAGUAUAAACAAAUAAUAGCAUGAUUUGUACGUGAUAUUUGGCAUAAAUAACACUCGUAAUAUGUCAAAAAUGUCUCAAAUUUCACUCGCCUAACGGCUCGUGAAAUUACGUGUAACAAUUUUGAAAUAUCACUCGUGGUAUUCAUGCCAAAUAUCACUACUAAUCAUGCUAUUACCUUUACUUAUUAUUAUUUUUUGGAAGAAUUUCUUUUACCAGGCCUGGCAAGUCAUGGAAAUUACAUUGUAAUUAUCAGUCCUCGAAAGUCAUUGAAAAUUAAAGUUAUGUUUGAUAGAUUACAUACUGCAGAUGUCGAAGCAAGGACAAAAUAAGAUAGAGAGGGGUAAUUAAAUGCAAGGGAUUUUCGUGGACACCAGAAUUUGUGUCUGUUGAGCGGAGUUAGGUUAAAAAAAAUACCCUAAAACGAGAAAAAUUAUGAAAACAUUUGAAAAUGAAAGCUAACCCUUAGGUCAUGGAAAUCUUGAAAAAGUCAUGGAAACUCAUUUACUCAUUUACUCAGUGUGUGAUUCUUUCUCUCUUCUACAUUAGUCUGAAACACUAACUAGAAGCCAGCAUGAAAGAGAGGCCGAAGAACACAAGGAAUUAUGGGAAGCCGAAGUACGAGCGAGGACAAAGUUAGGAGCCAAGGUAAAAAUAAACCGUUUAUAACAACGUUUUACGCCUUGCCAUUAUCGGUGUUUCUUUUUUGAUGUUGUGAAUUGUUUGUUUGAAUGCUUUUGGCUUUCUCUAUUUUCUUCGAAAUACGUCCAAUUCUUGAGUGGGAGAUAGCCUAGCCUGCGUGCAAGCUCUUCCCCGCCCCGGAGAAUUUUCUCGCAGGCUAGAGAUAGCCUAACAUUCAGACUCGUUCCUGUGUGGACUUGAGUGUGUUUUCCGUACAUAGACGUCCUUUGUAGCUUAACUGUACAGCCGCCUCUCGUCACUCUCUGCCGUUAAUAGAGAACUUACGCAACAGGACGGGAGAGGAAAGAAGAAGGUAAACCUUGUGCGACAAGCGUGACAGUCAUUUUGUUUGAGCAAACUUUCCGUCAAACUUCACCUUUCUUUAAACAGGUAUGUUUUGUAACAAGAUCAGAAAACAUAGUGUUAAGUGAUGAUUGCGACAAAACACGCAAAUAAUAGCCCUGUCACGUUUGUCACACGCGGGAGUUUUGCCGUCUUCUUCCUUCUGCCGUCUUGUUGCGUAAACUCACUAAUGUUCGGGAGAGAGACGUCACACAACUCCAGGAGAAAAUCGCCUACAUUUGACAGAUUGAAAGGGUCCACGCGAUAAAGAUUGAAACGAAGCAAAUUAAUUUUUGUAGCGACGUUUACACUACCGUCGUCGUCCGCCGUUGCUUAAGCUCCUCCAUGGCUAAAGAUACCUACAGACGUAGAAUUGUUUAAUCCAAGUCGUUAGAAUGAACGUUUGUCAACUCCUAUUUGCUUUUUUUCUUACGUAAGAUUGCGGAAAUGGGGAAAAGAUUAGCGGAAGGAAAAGCAGAGAUAGAGGAGGUAAGCUGCUUACAGUAGUUUAUUUUGCAUUAACAUAGCUCCGUUGAUUAGUUCCUCAUCGUGGGAUGUGAGAUUUGACCUGUUGUUGUUUUUAUUGUUGUUAAUGCUUAUCCUCGGUUGGCGAAGUUCCGGUCUUGAGGGUUUUACGCUUACAUUACUAUGUUUGAAUACAGGAAAAACGUAAGACUCGGAAGGCAUUGGAGAUGAAAAAAGUGUUAGAAGCCAAAUUAGAAGCCAGCGACCAAAGGUGUGUGAACCUGCUUUUUGUAGACGUUUCCAUGAUUUCCUUUCUUCGCGUCCUUUUUUGAAACAUAGAAAGUAGAACAGGAUUGCUCGUGUCUGCAUGGGUAAGCUUAUUUUGCCCGGAGCGUUGUUUAUCGUUCUUGUAAAGUGCGAAUCAAUAACAUUAAAGAACGUUCAACUGAACUCGAUAACGUAGAACUAAUAUGCCUCAGCAUUGGUUUUACCAGGCGUUGAAUCACAGCCAAAUAUACAUGAACUACAAACUAGACAAUUAUUACCCUGGCUUACAGCUGUACAAUUUGUAUUGCUUCAUUUAGGGUUGUCAAAUGCAUUUAACGGUAAUAACGCUAUGCAUUGUUUUUCCCUUUUAUUUUGUUUGCUGUUAUAAAAUUAGGGAUUUUUGGUUCCCACCAUGAUGUCUCCUUACUAUUUUCAGAACGUCUCAACAUCAAAAGGAAGUUGUUGCUCUCAAAUCACAGCUGAAGUCUUACAAACGGCGACUGAAGGUAAAAGCCAGCCCUUUGUCAGAAUUGUAAAGGCUAUGUUCAUACUUAACCGGAUAGCUUUUACGCCGGGUCGAAAGCAGCACCGGAUAUGGCUUCUGUUCAAACAUAAGAACAGUGAUUUCGACGGCGCGAUUCGCGGUAACGGGGCGAAGCUGCGUCGCGCCGAUUUCAAACUUAGGUGAAGUGUCACAUUUUGGAUAGGUGUUCAUACAAAAUGCUUUUCGUGUCGAAACGAAAAGCUAUAAUCCGGUAUAGUUUAAACAAAGGCCAAGUGUCGGAAAUGCUUUAAGAAGCUGAAACUUGUUCCGUUGUUCUUGUCUUACUUUCCUUAUAAAAGAAUUUGACGUAACUGUACUUCUGAAAUAUUGUUUUUUAGGAAUACGAAACUUCAGAAAGCCGGAUCCCCACCCUCCGCGUCGAGUUUGAUAAGGAGCGUGCUGCAAUGGAAUCACAUAUCACCUCGCUAAGAAGACAGGUUCGUCUGAUAACAUUCCAGUUAUCCUGCGUAGCAUGCGUUUCCGCGUGAGUUCGUCGAGAAAGUUGGGACGAGACCACGCUCCAACGGUCGUGCAAUAACUCGAUUGGAAACGCUUGUUACACAGGUUACAGUCAAGUCUUCAUCCCUUACAGUCAAAUCCGCAGUUUAUAUGUAGCGUUGAAAACUAGAGAGUUUUGAGUGCGAUGCGAUUCACUCACGCAUGCACAACGCGAAAGCAUGCCUCGUAGGCUGGUUUAGUGCUCGCCCUGCUUAUAUCAUGUUUACCGGCCACUGAAAAAGUUUGAACUGUUAACAAUUCGAGGGAGUGAUGUCUUGAUUCUCGGAGACUUUAACUGCGAUAUGAUCAAUCUCUGUGAACUACCGAAGGAUGGACGAUGUCUCAUGGAUUUUAUUUGAUGCUACAGAAACAGUACUUCACUUGAACCUAACCAACAACACAAGACAAAUUCUUCGCUCUGGCGUUGUAGACAGACACAUCAGUGACCACUCGUUGGUUAUACUAUCCUGCGAAUCACGUUAUCACGAUUUCGAUUGAAAAAAUUAUAUAUAUUUUUGCAGCUUUAAACACUUUGUGGCGGAUCUCAGUGCUGUUCCUUUCCAUAUUUUGGAAAAUUUUUAUGACGGCGAUGACAUGUAUGUUUUUGAAGCACUAUACAACGAUAUUCUCGAUGAACACUCACCUCUGCCUUUUAACAGCAACUUAAAGGACAUCUCUGGACUACCAGGACCUUUUAACUGCGAUUAAUUGUAGCGAUUUUUAUAGUACCAGAUGCCAAGAUAUCUAGCUGGAUUGUAUAAGUAAAGACUACGCCACACGAUCUGCAGGGAUCAAAUAAACUUAUUGUUCCCUGCGUUAAGACAACAACUCACGGUUUACGUUCAUUUAGAUACGCACCUACAACAAUGUGGAAUAGACUCCCUGAGUAUCUGAGAUCUCCGACAUUCGUUAGGGAGUUCAAAUUCAUAGUUCGGCCAAUUCGUUCUAGCAAAUAUAAUAAUACAAGUAACAGGUAAUUAAAUUCUUUUUCUCGUAGUUCUGUAUUUCCUUUUUUUUUUUUUUUUUUUUUUUUUUUUCUAUAUAUUUUUUUUUUUUUUGGUUUUUUAUUAAUAUCGGAAGCGUGUCGGGUGGGGAAAGAGAUGGAAUACACUCCAUGAGUAUCAUAGAUAUUUUACAUUCGUUAGGGAUUUCAAGUUCAUUUUUCGGCCUAUUUUUUUUAUAAAAUAUAAUAAUACAUGUAAUAGGUAAUUAAUUUUUUUUUCUCGUAGUUCUGUAUUUUUUUUUUUUUUUUUUUUGUCUUCUUUUAUUCUAUAUAUAUUUUUUCUUUUAGGAUUAUUAUUAUUUUUUUUUUUUCUUUCUUUCUUUCUUUCUUUCUUUCUUUCUUUCUUUCUUUCUUUCUUUCUUUCUUUCUUUCUUUCUUCCUUUCUUUUUUCUUUCUUUCUUUCUUUCUUUCUUUCUUUCCUUCUCUCUCUCUUUUUUGUUUUCUCUUUCUCGAAGAUAUUAGCUUUUACAGCUACACUGUAAAUCCGAGUCGAAAUAAAGUUGAUGUAAUGUUUGUGUUACGUUUGUUUACCAGUUGGAUAACUUGAGUGAAAGACUUCACCAGGAGGCGGAAAAUCGCUCCCGGGUGGAGCUAACAAACAAGCAGCAACAACAAGGUAAUUUAAAGUCGAACAUAAUACAAGAAAUUGACGAAGGGACAAGUGGCUCAUCUUUUCUGUAUCUCUCUUCCCAUUCAGCUCUUUAAAGGGACAGGUUCACGGUUCAGCGCAUGCUCAUUAAUUAAAUUACGUUUUUCCAAUUUUUUAUUAAUUCUAUUGAUUAAUAAUCCCACUCACAUGUAUCUCGGCGAUUUCAGAGUGUAUUUCAAAGUAGAGGUGUAUUUCAGAGUAACGUGAAGUAGAAUGGAGGAGUACUAAAAUCGCAGAAAAAUUAGUGGAUUAUGCCAACACUACCAACGUUGAAUUUAUUUUUGACGCGAGGGUUUUAUUCCAUGGUUGAUUCCAAAGAAGUUGAUCAAGUGACUGCCAGGGGAGUGUGCAGAUUGGUUCUUUGACAACAUUACGACAUGAUCAUAUUGCUUUCAUAGGCGAUACAGCAUGUCCCGGCGGAAAAAUAGCAGUUUGAUUAAUGAGCAUGCGCUGAACCGUGAACCUGUCCCUUUAAUUCCAGUAUAGAGAGAACUGUACUGCUCAAUCCGGGAACUAGGGGACUGGCCACUUAUAACCCGCGGUUGAUCAUUUAAGCGGUCACGAGAUAAAAUCGUUUCUGAAACGUAGGUUUUACUUGGCCUCGGUUUUCCAUCAUCGCUGCGAGAUAAGGACAGUUGCUAGGUCGCUGGUUUGAAGAGAGAAGUUUGCCGGCUCGAACCCUAACCUGAUCUUUCUGAUCAAUAGUCAGGGUUAAGCCAUUUUGCGCCGAGCAUUAGUUCAGUACGUGUUCAGUGAGACCCUUUUAGUUAAAUUGUUCGGUUUUUACUUUUUUUCCACUUCUUUAGAGCUGUCGGCUGCGAAAGCUGAAGAAAAGGUAAGCGAUUAUUGGAUGUGAGCCUAACGUUCCCGACUAUUAGAACAGGAAAUGAAAGCGAAAAAGCAGAAAAAUCCAAGAAUGUCUAAUUGUAGUGACUCUUGCAAUUGGCCAGUUUAAUAUUGCACUUGAAAGUUCGCCACUUUAAAAACGAGGGCCGAGUUAGCUUUCGCAAAGAAUUCUGGGGUCGUUACUGGAGACGCGCUAUUGAGCUAUCAGGGACUUUAAGAUCCAACGAAGCGACGGCAACGAGAACGUAGCUUAAAAAGUGAAUUUGCGUUCUUUCAGUCUUUAUCGCAAUUAUUCCUACCCACUUACUUUGUCAAAUGUACGCGAACCCUCCUAAAGUUGAAUUCCUAGGGACCUUAUCCAAGUUCAGAAGGAGAAAUAACAUUUCGUCGUUGCUUUUUUACGUACUCCAUAAGACGCGAAAUUACGCAUUUUGACGUCGUAUUCGCGCAAAAACGGGAAAGAAAUGUACAAAUAAGUGUGAUGCACGGGCAAAGUUGUGGUUUUUCUUAUAAAACCUAUUGUUUUUUUGACGGUCUUGUUGCUGUCCGCGUCGUUGGAUCUUUAAGUCCUUAUUGGCCAAUUUCUUCUCAGUUUCCCCCAGUAACAGUCUCAGAAGUCUUUGCGACAGUUAACUCGGCCCAGUUUCUUUGUCGUUUCUUAAGUGGCGAAUUGCACUAUGGGACUGUUUUGGUGGAAGAAUUUCUACCCAGUUUCCCUCGCGACUUUUUAAUAGCCAAUCGUCUUCUUAAACAGUCUCAUAAGAUAUUUCGAGACAACACCGACCCAAUCUUGCACCAAACUGACCUAAAAUAGCCAAUAAGCAUCAGGGCUUCCCAAAUGCAAGCAUUUAUGAGAGAAGGAAGAGGAAUUCCACUUUGAGUGAAAAGGUUUUAAAAUUAGUUGAGUAUCUUUAGAACAGACUCAAAGUGAUAAAUGGUCCAUUGACUAAAUACAGAAAUUUUAAUGAAAUAGUCAAAAUUCGCGACGACAGCAAGCACGCUGGUAGAACUUCACUUCUGGUCGGUUUAGGAAUGGGCCAUUUCCAAGUUCCAAAUACUCUCACUUUCACAACGAGGCGAAGUGCGAAACUUUUGCUGUGAAAAUGAGUUUUAGUUGCAUGAGAAUAAGAGGCCUGAGGCAACUCGGAAAUGGACUAUUGGACGAUGUCUUUUGUAAUUAUUCUUUCUUUCUUCCUUUCUUCCUUUCUUCCUUUCUUUCUUUCUUUCUUUCUUUCUUUCUUUCUUUCUUUCUUUCUUUCUUUCUUUCUUUCUUUCAUUUAUUUAUUUAUUUAUUUAUUUAUAUAUUUAUUUAUUACGUCAUAUAGUUGAUUCAAUAAAGGUGGCUUUGGGCAUUGGGAAUUGGCAACUGGGCAUUGAGCAUUCGGGCAUACGGAACAAUGCAAUGAUUUGCUUGAGUGACCAGAAAUGCCCAAAACACCCAUGAAUCAGCUAUACAUUUGUGGCGCAUUUAUGCUCUCAGUGCCGUUUUUCAUUGUGUUCUCUUGGUAUUUCAGCGUCUUCUCUUUGAACAAGAGCGCCUACAAAACGCUAACAGACAACUGGAGGAAGAAGUCGGCAGACUGAAGGUAAUUAAGUGUGUACAGAGCCCAUGCCAUUUCUAAACAGCAUGCUGUUUAUUUGGAAUCAUAUUGCAACGAGCGACGCAGCCGAUGUAAGAGAACGGUCGACAGGCUGACGCUGUUAGAAAUUGUCGAUAACAGGAACAAAAAUCCACACCCGAUUCCGCUACUGUUUGAUAGUUUCCUCUGUAAUUACAGUUUCGAUUCAACCUCAGCCCUUGUUCCCCUACAUUAUGCCUUUAGAGUGCAAAAGUGCCACCCCUUACCUACCACGCCUCAUAGUAGCGGAUGGUUGUAUUCAAGGUGUCCCCUACCCUUUCGGCGCUUUUAAAGUCUAAUUCUGGGACAUGAUGAGAACUCAAUACAGCGUAGAAAGUUAAGUCAGAAUCUUAAAUGUUGAAACUUUUUCGUUCUUUCAGGCUUUUUACGAAAACAAUUUUGUUGAAAAAGGACAGUUGGAAUCAUACAAACAGGAACUCGAGGCUAAGGUGUGUAAAGGAGUUUGCGCAUUGCAUCUUGUUCAAUGUCAAGUCAUGUGUAAGGAUUCCGGGCACAUCCUCGGGGUAAAAAUUUCACACCUGACGUCAUACCGACCUUAAGCAAGGAAGGAGAGUCUAAUACUCUCGCAUAUGAAAAAUUACCUCCCUGGCCCCAUGCGUGUUAUAGAUAGGAGGCAUUUUAAAAAGAGACGCGUUUAUCCUCAUAACUGUAACAAACUUCACAAAGCUAAUGUGCUUUCGGCGAAUAUAACACCACUGUUUACAUCUACUGUUCCAAUAAUCUAAAGAUCCAACGAUCUACAGAUCCACCGAUCGUCAGAUCUAAAGAUCCAUAGAUCUACAGCUCCACUCACCUACAGGUCCAUCAGUCUACAGACCCUUCGAUCUACAGAUCCAGCGAUCUUCAGACCAUAGAUCUACAGAUCCAUCGAUUUACCGAACCAUCGAACUACCGAUCCAUCGAUCUACAGAUCCACCGAUCCGCAGGUCCAUAGAUCUAAACAUCAAGCGACCUCCACAUCCAUCGAUCUAAAGAUCCAGCGAUCCACCGAUCCACCGAUCUACAGAUCCAUAGAUCCACAGAUCUACAGAUCCACUGGUCUACAGUUCCCUAGAUCUACAGUUCCACUGAUCUACAGACUGAUCUACCCAUCCAUCGAUCUAAAGAUCCAGCGAUCUACAGAUUCAAAGAUCUACAGAUCCACCCAUCAAAAGAUUAGUCAAUCUAAUGAUCCAUAGAUCGAUGGAUCUAUAGAUCGGUGCAUCCUUAGAUCUAUGGAUCUUUAAAUCGGUGGAUCUGCAGAUCUAGGGAUCUGUAGAUCGCCGGAUCUGUAAAUCGCUGAAUCUGUAGAUCGAUGGAUCUGUAGAUCGCUGGAUCGGUAGAUCGCUGGAUCUGUACAUCGCUGAAUCGGUAGAUCAAUGGAUCUAUAGAUCGCUGGAUCGGUAGAUCGAUGGAUCUAUAGAUCGCUGGAUCGGUAGAUCGCUGGAUCGGUAGAUCGCUGGAUCGGUAGAUCGCUGGAUCGGUAGAUCGCUGGAUCUAUAGAUCGCUAGAUCGCUGGAUCUGUAGAUCGCUGGAUCGAAAGAUCGAUGGAUCUAUAGAUCGCUAGAUCUCUAGAUCGCUGGAUCGGUAGAUCGAUGGAUCUGUAGAUCGCUGGAUCGGUAGAUCGCUGGAUCUGUAGAUCGCUAGAUCUAUAGAUUCCUGGAUCGGUAGAUCGCGGGAUCUAUAGAUCGCUGGAUCUGUAGAUCGGUAGAUCGAUGGGUCUAUAGAUCGUUGCAUCUGUAGAUCGCUCAAUCUGUAGAUCGAUGGAUCUAUAGAUCGCAGAUCUUUAGAUCGCUGGAUCUGUAGAUCGGUAGAUCGAUGGGUCUAUAGAUCGUUGCAUCUGUAGAUCGCUCAAUCUGUAGAUCGAUGGAUCUAUAGAUCGCUGGAUCUGUAGAUCGAUGGAUCUGUAGAUCGGUGGAUCUAUAGAUCGCUGGAUCGGUACACCGCUAGAUCUGUAAGUCGCUGGAUCUGUAGAUCGCUGGAUCUGUAGAUCGCUGGAUCUGUAGAUCACUGGAUCCGUAGAUCGAUGAAUCUAUCGAUCGCUGGAUCUGUAAAUCGCUGGAUCGGUAGAUCGCUGGAUCUGUAGAUCGCUGGAUCGGUAGAUCGAUAAAUCUAUAGAUCGAUGGAUCUGUAGAUCGCUGAAUCAGUAGAUCGAUGGAUCUGUAGAUCGCUGGAUCGGUAAAUCACUGGAUCUGUAGAUCGCUGGAUCUAUAGAUCGCUGGAUCGGUAGACAGCUGGAUCUGUAGAUCGCUGGAUCGUUAGAUCGCUGGAUCUGUAGAUCGCUGGAUCGGUAGAUCGCUUGAUCUGUAGAUCGCUGGAUCGAGAGAUCGAUGGAUCUAUAGAUCGCUGGAUCGGCAGAUCGCUGGAUCUGUACAUAGCUGGAUCGGUAGAUUGCUGGAUAUGUAGAUUGCUAGAUCUAUAGAUCGCUGGAUUUGUAGAUCGCUCGAUCCGUAGAUCGCUGGAGCUGUAGAUCGCUGGAUUUAUAGAUCGCUGGAUUGUUAGAUCGCUGGAUCUGUAGAUCUGUAGAUCGCUGGAUCUGUAGAUCGCUGGAUCUGUAGAUCGCUGGAUCAGUAGAUCGCUGGAUCGGUAGAUCGCUGGAGCUGUAGAUUGCUAGAGCUGUAGAUCGCUGGAUCGUUAGAUCGCUGGAUCGGUAGAUCGCUGGAUCUGUAGAUCGCUGGAUCUGUAGAUCGCUGGAUCGUUAAAUCGCUGGAAUCUGUAGAUCGCUGGAUCGGUAGAUCGCUGGAUCUGUAGAUCGCUGAAUCGGUAGAUCGCUGCAGCUGCAGAUCGCUGGAUCUAUAGAUCGCUUGAUCGUUAGAUCGCUGGAUCGAUAGAUCGCUGGAGCUGUAGAUCGCUGGAUCUAUAGAUCGCUGGGUCGUAAGAUCGCUGGAUCUAUAGAUCGCUGGAUUUGUAGAUCGCUGGAUCUGUAGAUCGCUAAAUCUAUAGAUCGCUGGAUCUAUAGAUCGCUGGAUCGGUAGAUUGCUGGAUCUGUAGAUCGCUAGAUCUAUAGAUCGUUGGAUCUCUAGAUCGCUGGAUCUAUAGAUCGCUGGAUCGGUUCAUCGAUGGAUCUGUAGAUCGCUGGAUCGGUAGAUCGCUGGAUCUGUAGAUCGCUGGAUCUACAGAUCGCUUGAUCUGUAGAUAGCUGGAUCGGUAGAUUGCUAGAUCUGUAGAUCGCUGGAUCUAUAGAUCGCUGGAUUGUUAGAUCGCUGGAUCUGUAGAUCUGUAGAUCUGGAGAUCGCUGGAUCGGUAGAUCGCUGGAGCUGUAGAUCGCUGGAUCGAUAGAUCUCUGGAUCUCUAGAUCGCUGGAUCGUUAGAUCGCUAGAUCUGUAGAUCGCUGGAUCGGUAGAUCGCUGGAUCUGUAGAUCGCUGGAUCGGUAGAUCGCUGGAGCUGUACAUCGCUGGAUCUAUAGAUCGCUGAAUCUUUAGAUCGCUCGAUCGGUAGAUCGCUGGAUCGGUAGAUCGUUUGAUCUGUAUAUCGCUGGAUCGUUACAUCGAUGGAUCUGUAGAUCGCUGGAUCAGUAGAUCGCUGGAUCUGUUGAUCGCUGGAUCGGUAGAUUGCUGGAGCUGUAGAUCGCUGGAUCUGUAGAUCGUUGGAUCGUUAGAUCGCUGGAGCUGUAGAUCGCUGGAUCGUAAGAUCGCUGGAUCGGUAGAUCGCUGGAUUUGUAGAUCGCUGGAUCUGUAGAUCGGUAGAUCGCUGGAUCUAUAGAUCGCUGGAUCUGUAGAUAGCUGGAUCGGUAGAUUGCUGGAUCUGUAGAUCGCUAGAUCUAUAGAUCGCUGGAUCUAUAGAUGGCUUGAUCGGUAGAUCGCUGGAUCGGUAGAUCGCUGGAUCGGUAGAUCGCUGGAUCUAUAGAUCGCUGGAUCUAUAGAUCGCUGGAUCUAUAGAUCGCUUGAUCGGUAGAUCGCUGGAUCGGUAGAUCGCUGGAUCUGUAGAUCGCUGGAUCUGUAGAUCGCUGGAUCUGUAGAUCGCUGGAUCUAUAGAUCGCUGGAUCUAUAGAUCGCUGGAUCUGUAGAUCGCUGGAUCGGUAGAUCGCUGGAUCUGUAGAUCGCUGGAUCUGUAGAUCGCUGGAUCUGUAGAUCGGUAGAUCGCUGGAUCUAUAGAUCGCUGGAUCUGUAGAUAGCUGGAUCGGUAGAUUGCUGGAUCUGUAGAUCGCUAGAUCUAUAGAUCGCUGGAUCUAUAGAUGGCUUGAUCGGUAGAUCGCUGGAUCGGUAGAUCGCUGGAUCGGUAGAUCGCUGGAUCUAUAGAUCGCUGGAUCUAUAGAUCGCUGGAUCUAUAGAUCGCUUGAUCGGUAGAUCGCUGGAUCGGUAGAUCGCUGGAUCUAUAGAUCGCUGGAUCUGUAGAUCGCUGGAUCUGUAGAUCGCUGGAUCUAUAGAUCGCUGGAUCUAUAGAUCGCUGGAUCUAUAGAUCGCUGGAUCGGUAGAUCGCUGGAUCGGUAGAUCGCUGGAUCGGUAGAUCGCUGGAUCUAUAGAUCGCUGGAUCUAUAGAUCGCUGGAUCUGUAGAUAGCUGGAUCGGUAGAUUGCUGGAUAUGUAGAUUGCUAGAUCUAUAGAUCGCUGGAUCUAUAGAUCGCUGGAUUUGUAGAUCGUUCGAUCGGUAGAUCGCUGGAUCUAUAGAUCGCUGGAUUGUUAUAUCGCUGGAUCUGUAGAUCGCUUGAUCUGUAGAUCGCUGGAUCUAUAGAUCGCUGGAUCUAUAGAUCGCUGGAUCUAUUGAUCGCUUGAUCUGUAGAUAGCUGGAUCGGUAGAUUGCUGGAUAUGUAGAUUGCUAGAUCUAUAGAUCGCUGGAUCUAUAGAUCGCUGGAUUUGUAGAUCGCUGGAUCGGUAGAUCGCUGGAGCUGGAUCUGUAGAUCUAUAGAUCGCUGGAUCUGGAGAUCGCUGGAUCGGUAGAUUGCUGGAUCGGUAGAUCGAUGGAUCUGUAGAUCACUCGAUCGGUAGAUCGCUGGAUCUUUAGAUUGCUGGAUCUAUAGAUCGCUGGAUCUGUAGAUCGUUGGAUCGUAAGAUCGCUGGAUCUGUAGAUCGUUGGAUCGUAAGAUCGCUGGAUCUGUAGAUCGGUAGAUCCCUGGAUCUAUAGAUCGCUGGAUCUGUAGAUAGCUGGAUCGGUAGAUUGCUGGAUCUGUAGAUCCUUAGAUCUAUAGAUCGCUGGAUCUGUAGAUCGCUGGAUCUAUAGAUCGCUAGAUCUUUAGAUCGCUGGAUCUGUAGAUCGCUGGAUCGAUAGAUCGCUGGAUCGGUAGAUCGAUGGAUCUGUAGAUCGCUGGAUCGGUAGAUUGCUGGAUCUGUAGAUCGUUAGAUCUAUAGAUCGUUAGAUCUAUAGAUCGCUGGAUCUAUAGAUCGCUGGAUCUGUAGAUCGCUGGAUCUAUAGAUCGCUGGAUCUUUAGAUCGCUGGAUCUGUAGAUCGCUGGAUCGAUAGAUCGCUGGAUCGGUAGAUCGAUGGAUCUGUAGAUCGCUGGAUCGGUAGAUUGCUGGAUCUGUAGAUCGCUGGAUCUAUAGAUCGCUGGAUCUAUAGAUCGCUGGAUCUGUAGAUCGCUGGAUUGGUAGAUCGCUGGAUUUGUAGAUCGCUGGAUCUGUAGAUCGGUAGAUCGAUGGAUCUAUAUAUCGCUGGAUCUCUAAAUCGCUGGAUCGGUUGAUCGCUAGAUCGGUAGAUCGAUGGAUCUGUAGAUCGCUGGAUCGGUAGAUCGAUGGAUCUGUAGAUCGCUGGAUCGGUAGAUCGAUGGAUCUAUAGAUCGCUGGAUCUGUAGAUCGCUAGAUCGGUAGAUCGAUAGAUCUAUAGGGCGCUAGAUCUGUAGAUCGCUGGAUCGGUAGAUCGAUGGAUCUAUAGACCGCUGGAUCUGUAGAUCGCUUGGUCGGUAGAUCGCUGGAUUCGUAGAUCGAUGGAUCCGUAGAUCGGGGGAUCCACAGAUCGCUCUAUCUGUGUCACGUCAGUCGUGAGGUUUUACAUCGGGGAUGAGCAGGAUUCUGAUAUCGCAGUUCAAGUUUGAAAAACCGAUGUUUAUCUUUGAACGCUUAAAACACAUAAGUUGAUAGACUGGCUAGUCUGCUGUAUAUACACUGCGGUGUUAUAAUUGCGGAAAGCAAAUUAGUUUUGUGAAGUUUGCCGCCUCUUUUUUAAUGUCUGCUACCCAUUACACGCCCCUGGUUGGGCUCCCACAAAUAAAUAUACGCGACUGCAUGGCUACUAGAUCAUUUAGGCUAGUAAAUAUAUAGCUCUUUGCAGCCCUUGAGUUGUUUUUAUAGCAUAUUUUUGCAGUGUUAUUUCCUUUGUGUUUUUAAUAGUCACGAUUUCAAUUGAAUCGUAAAUUGGAAGAAGUCAACGCCCAUUUAGAAGAGCAGGUAUGAAUUUGCAACUACAUUUUUUGUUGAAUGAAUGAUCUAAUAUAUUGUAAACUUGACUGAUUUAUUGUGAACUUGAUUUGAUGUGUUUCAUUGAAAUCGGUAGUAAACACAGUUAUCGGUUUACAAGUGUAAAAUUGAAUAUUACCCAAUUUCCUACUCGAGCCUUAACUUGUGUUUAUAUCUCAAAGUCGUUGUUAGUCUUUUGGCACGAUAUAUGAGAGGGUGCCUUAAUUUAUUCGGGUUGAUCAAACUUUGGAACCGGUUAAAUUACGAUCGCAUAAUUUUGCUAGGGUAUUCAUUAGGUGACGGUUUAAAUGAUAUCGCACGAAAGGCAGUUGAGAAUUUGAUUUCGUAAUGAAUUCUCAAGAUAUUUAAUUUUGUUUCUCAUUUUCUUUAGGCCGUUGCCCGAGAGAAACUCGACAAAAUGCGGGAAGAGAACGAAUCGAAGACAAGAAAGCAGUUAGAGAUCACCAUAUCAGGCUUAAAGGUGGGUAGAUCCCCAAAUUUAAUAUUUCAUUGAGAAGUGUCGCAUUGCGGGGAAAACAAGAAUCUCUUGGGCUCAAAGUUGCUGCUUUCUUAGUUUCCAUCGCAGUCCUCUCCUCUGAGCUAACAGCCGAGACGCGUCAAAUUGAAUUAGGCCAUCUGUGUGGCGCAUCCAUUAUUUUCACAUUGCCCACGAUGGACUAUGUCCCGCAACAUUUUGCAUCAACAUUGUUUCAAUUUCUCCUGGAUAUACAGUCGCCCCUUACAAUUUUUUCCCGUAUUUUUGGUGUGGGGGUGAGGGGUGGGGGGGGGAGGGGGGGGCGGGCCGCGGUGAACAUGGUACGUUAUUGGCGAUGAGAAAAUGUGGAAUAGAGAAUUAACAUAUCUGAAACCAAUCGCUGUAAAACGCGGUAGGCUUCACGUAUAUGAAUUACCCAUCUCUUCAUAACUGUACCUGAUUUGGUUAAAACUUCCCUUUUAUCAAUGAGGGCACUCUGCACGAGUAUAUCAAUUUUUUGGCCACUUGAAAAACUGCGUGCAUUUCAAUUGACGUUGGCGUUUACUGUUACUUUAUCAGGCUGAUGUUGCUAAAAUGCGCGCGGGUUUGCAUGAGAGCCAAACACAAAAAGAAACUUUUGAUGCUGAAGCCAAGAGGUACAAGGUAAGGUUUACUGAUAAUGCUGCUGUCCAUUCACGCACAUUUAAUUAUGUAUUGUUUCCCUAAUCUAUUUUGCCUUUUACGGUAUGAUUUUUAACCUUAAAAUGUACAUAAGCUUUUUCUUUCAAGUGGCCGGCGGCAAUGCAUAUUAAUUGACGAAAAAGAAAGUUUUUACUUAAAAAAAGGUUCAACUACCGCAGGACUGCUGGGACACCAACAUAGCCGCCGUUUUAUGGUUUUUGGAACACCAAUAUUGCUGGAGUGACGUCAUUUGAUACCGCUCUAUAUAAAGAAUAAACUGAAGUGUAUGUUUCGCGUUUUUCUAGGAUUUGUACCAGAGUGAAUUAAAAUCUAAAGACAAACUCGCCAACCGCUUGUAUAAAGCAAAUGAGAAGAUGGCGGAGUCCCAACACUUGCUCAAGUGAGUUGUUACAAGACGUUCUUUACUUCACCCUCCUGGAAAAAUUAGUGCAGUGUGUUUAUGCGAAGAGUGGAUGUAAAUAUUUCAUGCUUAAUUGAUAGUAGAAGCGCUCGUGUUGUUUCAGUUGCCCGUUUAUUGAAAGUCCUGGUAAUUCGGGGACCCGAAACCAAAUAUUAGUAUAGGUAUUAUAGCAUGAUUUGUAGUGAUAUUUGGCAUAAAUACCACGAGUGAUAUUUCGAAAUUGUUAUACGUAAUUUCAUGAGCCGUUAGGCGAGUGAAAUUUGAAACAAUUUUAAAAUAUCACGAGUGGUAUUUAUGCCAGAUAUCACGUACAAAUCAUGCUAUUAUUUGUUUAUUCUGCUACCCGCAAAAGGUUUGUAAUUUUCACCUGUAGGUAUUUCAAAUUAAGAUGAAAUACCACUGCUCUAAGCCAAUCAAAUUGCAGAAAUUUUUCAUGUAGUAGUAUAAAAAGGAAAAUCUUAUUGAUAAAAGCGUGGAACUUAUUUCACAAACCAGUCCAUUUUGGUUUGGUAACUGAUAGUCUUAUCAUGUUAUCUCCAAAACGUUUGACACCUCGAUCUUGAAUGUAAACUUGUAACCAAACAGCUUUACGAGGCCGGUAAUCACCAGGCCCCGGUUGCUCAAUACUUGGGUAACGCUUUUCACCGGAUAAAUCGCUAUCCAGCGGAUACGAAAACCACCUCUUGAACAACCGGGACCAGGAAUUUCGAGAAACGGGCCCCGGGUCCACCUAGUGGCGGGUUAAAGCGGUACUUGAACCCAGUCUCCCCGGGUUACAAGUCUGGCGCCUGGAUCACUCAGGCACCCUGCCUUGGCAACAUUAUUUUAAAGUCAAUUUAUUUAUUUAUUUGCCACAGACGUGUAAAAAUACAAAUAAUAUAAGAUAAGUAGAAAAAAGGAGUGGAGAGGAGACCUAACAGAAACUAUAUGAGCUUAUGAGAGAUUAGGCGUUGUCCAUCUACGGUCUGUAGCUGUUUACAUCAAGUGAAGCAAGAGACGGCGUUAAGUCCAAUGUGGAAAAGUUAUGAUUGUUUUUUCAUAUGCACUUAUUAAUUUCAUAAAUGAGGAAAGGGAUUGAAAGUUGAUGCCUUCGUUGUCAAUUGAAUUACAAAACUUGGGUCUUUGAAACUAAUGAAAACGUCUUAGUGUUUGUUCGACAACAGGGUAGACGGUAGACCUGGAAUUUCUAGUAUUGUAAGAGGGGAAUUUGUUGUUUUGGGAGGAUUUGUUUUAAGGUCGCUUCUGUAGAUUAACUCUUGCAUUGUUGUGUUCGUAGUCUCGAAAGAUCACGGAGGAGUUUUGAGGGUUUUCAACGUGGUCCCUCUCCGCAGCCCUUAAUAUCAGACUCCCUGGGCGGUCUAUAUGGCUCACCUGACGUCAGUCCCGAUAGAAUGCACUCAAAGGUAAUGAAAAGUGUUUGUAGUUACACACGCUAGGAUUACAGCGUUAUGUCACAGUAUUUUUUUGUAUGACCUUCAAAAUAUUGCGCGCGAACAAGAACUUAUUACAGCUCUUGCAGCUCUUGUUUGAAUAGCGUUUUACUUUGAGAGAGGCUUCUAUAGAAUGCUGAAUACUCCUGAGUACAUAAUCAUUUGAUUGAUUGAUUGAUUGAUUGAUUUUUGGCAGGGAGAUGGGCAGUUAAUGAAGGCUGUAGAAAAUGAACUCAACAAAAGUAUAAAGAGACAUUUGGAGAGCGGUAAGUACAACCUCAUUAGUAAAACUGAGAAAACAAAGUCAAAUAUGGCUAGCCUACGAGUGGCUGUCGGUCAGUGCAGACGAGUGAAAAAGCUGGCGAGCAGCGAAAAAUGAGGAGAGCGAGAAAACAGCGGGAAGAGAGAAGAUGAUAGUUUGUAAGCAUUUUUUGAAUACCUCCGUCCGCCCACUUGCAGAAAAACCGUUACUCCUGUAAGUGUCAAAUGUCGAAAUGUGCGGUGUAGGAGGGUGUCACAUGCUCGUUAUGUUUGUUCAACACCGCGCUCGCAAAGCCAAGUGAUUGAUGUUAGUGUUAACCUAAACCGUGACAAAACUGACCAUAACAGGUAUUCCAAGAGCUGGUAUACCGGAAUGACAGACUGGCAGACGGACACUCUCACGCGAUGUGAUAAGGCGUUGUUUUUAACAAUGUACGUUGAUGUUUCUGAAUUUCUUUUCGCAGCUCCCAUUACAUCCGACCUCGAUCUCAAGCCGAGUCUGCUAAGUGAUAGGGACAGCGUAUCGUAUGAUCCUCUUUCCGCCUCCUCUAAACAGUAUAUGUCCCUUUUAAGGAAAAACUACUUCGUAUAGGGACAAGAAACAGCUCUACUGAGCUCUAUAUAUCGCGAGCUUCUUAGGAUAUCUUAAAUUGCGUGAAGAAAAAAAAAUUGCCUGAAAGGCUGUAAAGAGAAUUUAUGCAUGUCCAGUGUGCAAAAAUUUCUUAUCGGUCGCUUAGGAUUAAAUUUGUCUCAAGCCUAAAACAAUUUUUAAAUGAAAGGAAAAGUUGUUAAAAAUUUCUUUUCCUUGAAUAAUAAAGGUUUUUUAAUACCAAUUUUCAGAAAAAAAAAAUAAUGAUGUAAUUUAAAGUGUGUAGUAACUUUGUAUAAUUAUAUUAUUAAUAGUUGUAUCAUACAGCGAUCCAGUAGACAAACAUUUCGUUACUCAGAUUUAUUUAUUUAUCGUCUGGUUCGCUUGUUGUUAAUCUGACAUUUAUUUUAAACGUACAUCCCAGACAGCUGUUUUUACUCAAUUAAAAUAUUUUUGCUAGAAUCUGUUGCAUUUUUUUUUUGAU